CACAUAAGUAAGAUCAGGUGAUCAUAUUUGAAUGUCAACUCAAAAAGCAAACAUUUAUGAUAAUUAAUUAUCUGUAAAAUUAUUUUAAUAGUGCCUCAGCUGCAGUAGUAAAGUUGGUGUUGAGAUAAUAAAUCGUGCAAUUGUCGAUUAAUGUCGUAAAAGGAACACUGACAAGUCUAUUAUCAAAACACCGUCCGUUUGAAACGCAUAGCUCGUGUGGCGGCACUGCCGAAAUUUCUGGACCAGUCAGUAUCGAAAAAUGGCAGAGUUCGUCAGGGUGACUUCCAAUCCUUCUUUAAAUUCAGGUAAAUUUUCUAAUUAUCUAAGUUCAAUUGAUGUUAGGAGACGGUAGACGCCUAAACACCAUACCAGUGACAGACAGACAGAUAGUCGGGGAACGGAUCUCCGCAUUGCGGGCAUACGUCGAACCCGAUCGACAACUGUCGGUUCUAUAGUUUAGGGGUAUACUACUUAUCAGUAGGUACGAAAACACCAAUUGUUGGCCUUUGUGUGUUACUUCCUUUUUAUAACAUCAGUAAUUAUUUUUUUCCAAAUGAAAACGUCCCCUGCCCAUAGAUUUGCAUUAUUGCACAUAUUCCUCUAGGCAUUUAACCUCAAACGUGGGUUGAUCAGGAGACCAACACCAUCCUUGUACCUGCUGGUGCAUCUGUGUAAUAUUCUAAAAGAUGUAUCUACAUCCCCUUUAACACUUGUCUUCUUACAACUAAAUUAAUUAGAUAAAAUAGAAUGUGUUUUCUUGUAGGAACUGAUUUCCUGUUUGGUUGUUGAGUAUCAUUUCUGAUGUGUGAUGAGUAAACUAUCUAAAUUUACAUUCAGAGUUUAAAUCAUAUGCCUUGUUGUUUAAAUUUUACUCAUUUUUCAAGGUUUUUGUUAUAUGACAUCUAUUUAAUAUUUUAAGUAAAUGAUGAUAUUUAUGUUUUAUGUCAAUAACACAAAUAUUAUUCACUUACAACAGUAACCAUAGCAACUUUAUGGUCAACAUUUAAUUCAAAUCGUAGGACAAGGGCAUCAUUUAAAUAGGUACCUAAUGCGUCAAUUUUUACAGUAUAUCCUUAAAACAUAAUAAUAUAUUGCAUAUCACCACGUAUGAAUUCUUUUAGUAAAAUCCAAAGAUAAAUAUUUCUAACGGCAAAUAUAUUAAGUAAUAGUGAAACUAGACUUAAUACUAAUAAUAAUAAGUUAAAAUACUAAGAAUAUUAAUCUAUUGUAUUAUACUUUAUUAAAAAAUAUAAUAUUUUUUACAGUUUUUAACUAUCAUUUUUAAGUAUUUGUCUCCAAUAAAAAAAAUAAAUGAAAAGACAACAUUAUUAUCCUAGGCAAUAUGUCUAUAAUAAUAAUUUUAUGUUUGAAUUUGUAUUAUUCAAUUACAAUUUAGUUUCCAAAAACUAUGUUAUGCAAUUUAAUGCUAUUAUUUAAGUUUUAGAUUCUGAAUGAAGAAUGAAAUGUAUUAGUUUUAUAAUGGUGUUUAUUUUUUUUUUCUGUGAACAAUUUUUCUUCCAAAACUGUCACUUCAACUUACAAGGUUGAUUUGUAUCUUUCUGAAUGAAAUUUAACUAAAUUGAUAUUUAAGGAAGCCAUUUUUUUAAUUUUCUCAGAGGUUUUCAUAAUUAAUGGGAAAUAAAUGGAAAAUUUAUUAAAUGUGUUAUUUUAAAAUUAUUAAUAUUAUAGCCUUUCAAAACAUGUAUACUCAAACUUUGCUCAGAAUUGUUGAAUGCAGAUAUACAUUAAAUUUCCUCUCUACCUCUCAAUUUCUCCCUUACAACAAUGACCUACUCUUCGUCCAAAGUAUGUAUUUGUUUUUUUAAUUUUCUUUACUUGUUAAGAAAUUUGAGCCAGGUCAAUUGUAAUAAUUGAGUUAUGUUGCAAUAAUUCACUUUAAUUAUAUUAUAUAAGAUUUAAUUGUCAUUAUAUUUGUUUAUGAUGUACCUAAGUGAUCUACUAAAGAUCUCAUUUAAAAAAUAAUAAAGGUACCCAAUAAUGUAGCAUAAAUAAAUAUGUAAUAUAAAGGAAAUUUUUAUGUAUACAGUGAUAAAAAAAAAAUUAAUUAGCUUUAACUUUUUAACUUUUCAAUUUAUUCAAUGACUACUAUUUUAAUUGAAUAUUUUGUUUAGUUGUCAAAAUGUCUAUAUAAAAAUACUUAGGUCUAAUAUUUAUCAUAAUAUCAACAAUAUUCUUUAUUUCUGUCAAUUUCUUUGAGAGGUAUCUAAAAUACAAUUUAAUAAAUACAUGUUUAUUCUUAAACAUUCUGUCAUGUGUCAAACUAUUAUUUCAUAUGAUCUUAUUGGAAAGUAUAUUUUUUUUCUUAAAUAUUUGUUUUAAAUCAUUACAUAGAAUUUUAACCCAAAUAAAACUAAAAUUGUGUCUAUCAUUUAAAUAUUGAAAAAGUGUAAGAAUUAUUUCAAUAAAUCUAUACACAAUACACAUAUUGUUACAAAUUGUUUGUUGCCUUUAUCUCACGUAAGUAGGGUCAACUACUUUUUAACAUUUCCCUAUGAUAUCAACCUUAAUAACCUGAAACCAAUUUUUCUUUAGCCUAACACUAUUAAAAACCUCAGUAUUAGUUAUUUGUAUUUUUCUAACUUAACAAAGCUAGAAAAAUAUUUGUAAAAUUAAGAAUAUUUAAUAAUUUGUUUUAUUACCUAAUUAAUUGCAUGGAUAUCUUUAUUGUCUACUAUUCUUACAACAUUUUACGGUGUAAUUUUGUUUUCAAUACCUACUUCAAAUUACUAAUCUUAAAUAUUUCAGCUUAUCGAACUGAUAAAAACAUUUUAUUGCAACGUCCGCCUAAUUUAAAAAUACCAUUCUCUGAGUAAUUCAGUAUUGUCACAGCAAUACUUCUAGUGUCCAUAUUAUACUGAUAUUUAUUUAAUUUUAAAAAACUAUCCUUUAAUAUAUAUUAUAACUUUUAUUUGUAAUAUAAUGAUUAGAUGAAACUGGCAUUAUUACUUAUAUAUAUAUAUUAGCAUAAAAAUCUAAAUAUUUAUCUUCGGAAUUUAAACAGCAAUGUGUAUAAUGACUCGCAAUUUGUUCGCUAUGAAAAUGGAUUAGGUACUUAUAUAGUUUAUAUUUAUAAAUAAUUGGUACCUAACUAAAAUUGAUGGACUGUAAAAACCAUUCAUUUAGCAUAUUUUUGUUUAAGUUUAAAUUCAAAUAUAGUGUUAAUUAAGCCAUACCAGUACAAUUAAUGUAUAAUAGUAUUCCAAUAGGUAUCCUGAAAGCUUAAAAAUAAAAUAAAACAUUAAAGUUAAAAAGUUUUCACCUGUGUAUCAAAUAAUUCAGAGUAUAGAUUAAUUGACAGUAGGUACCAUUCAAUUCUUACCAUUAUUUGAUUAGUUCUUUGCAUGUCUAGGGCCAUUAUUAUAUAAUGUUAUAUAAAACACGCCUUUAUUUUUGGCUUUUAAAGAACUUGAUUUUAUUACUAUUUUCAGAUGUUAUAGUUUAAACUGUAUAAACCUAUAUUAUAAUGGCAUUUUAUAAAAUAUCAAUCUUUUACUUUUUUUUUUUUUUUUUUUUUUUUUUUGUUAAUUUUUUGUAAAAACUAUUAUAAGAAUACAGACACUAUAACAUGAAUUUAAAAUUGGUAUUUUUAUCCUUUUAAAAUAUUUAAUUAUUUACUGCUGUUAAAAAAAAAUAUUUAUAUAUACCAUAAGUAUAUGUAUAUCAAAAUUUUUUACAAUUUUUUGAUCCGAAAUUUUUCAUUUACCUAAGUUAUCAGCAUAAAUAAAUUAUUAUAUUAUGAUAUAACGACAUAUUUAAAAUUACAUAAGUCAGGGCACUUACUUUUAAAAUUUGGUUAUGGCAUUAUUAUUAUAGUACCUAAUGAUUGUCUUUCGUUAUUUAAUGCCUAUAAAAACAAAUAUAGUUAUGUAGGUGAUUGUUUUAAUUUUUAAUUUUAAACUAAAUAUCAAAUACUGUAAAUAAUUAAUAAGUAAUUUAAACAUCUAUUGACUUUAAAGAUAAUUAUAUAAAAAAAAUCUCAUCAAAUUAUUAAUGAUUAAUUUAUGUUAUACACACCAAGUAUAACAUUCUAAUAGAUUGUAUUUCUAAUGCAGGAUAAAAUUGAUAAUCAUAAAAAAGUUGUAUUGUGUUAUUGAAUCUGUAGAAAUAAGAUUAAGUACAUCACUAUGAUAAAUAGUGAUUUAUAUAUCGAGAAAUUAUAAUGUUGAUUUUAAAUAUAAAUUUUGUUAAUGAAAACUUGGAAGUUUCACAGUACAGAGAAGGACCUUUUAAAACCCAGUACCCUCCUCAGUAACACCUCAGCGACCGUACUGUUCAAUUGUGCUUUCGUGUGUUCUAUAAGAACUCUUGUGAUUUAUUAUAAUUUAAAACUUACAAUUUUGUUAUGGCUACAUAGUUGUUACUAAUUUACUUAUACCUAAAUUCUUGAAUAAUUUUUAAAAUGAAAGUUAAUCGUUCUUUUUAUUCUUUUCAUUCUGGUGUAUUUUUUGAUUUUGCUCAGCUCUCACAAGGUAUUUAAAAGAUCGUUUAAUUCAAAUAUUGAUUUUUAAAAAAAAAUGUAUAAUUUCAUUCUGAAUUUUUUCGUCUUUAGUACGUCGUAAAUAAUAUUAUGUAAACUGCGGGGUUAUUUUAUAUUAUUAUUAUCUUAGUAGUGUUACACAAUUAUACGUAUGUGCCUUUUAAAAAUGAAUUUCCAUCGUCAAAAUAAUAUAUCAGACCAAUAGAUUCUAUUGAUAGCCUGUGCAGUACAAUUUCGGAUGUAUACUUAAAAUAGCGGGGCUCGUUUCACCCGUUUCCUAUUUUACGUGUUCAUAUAUCCGUACUUCCGGUAUUGUUAUUCCGUUAUUGUAUGUAUAUUUGUAUGUGUUGUAUACAGUAGUACUCACGUCAGUUUUAAUUCAGCUUUGUCCAGUGAUGUUUAUGUACACAUAAUACCGCAGUUCAUCUAAUAUAUUAUACUUAGUAUUUUGUAAGUUGUUUUUUUUAUUAAUCAUUUAUUUUUUUACUUCGGGUUUUUUUUUUUACAAUUUUGUAUUUAUAUCGAAAUUUCGUUUUUGUCAUUGAUUGGGUUAUCAGCGUUAUUCGAAGAUGUCUAAAAUUCUUAAGUCUAUUUUUAUCAAAUGUUUCUCUACAGUCCAUAAGCCAAUGCCACAAGACACAACCCUUACUACUACUAUUCCAGACAUUUAUUUUAGGAUUUCCUGUUAACUGCUUAUAUAUAUAUAUAUAUAUAUAUAUAUAAUACUACGCGCUUGCGCGUAUUUAUAAAUAAUAUAUAUUAUUAUAGCCAACCACCACGUCUACUUGUGCUUAGAAACUUAGUUUUCAAUAAACAAAUAGAUACCUAUAUAAUAUAUGUUCUGAACAAUUUUCAUCUGAUUAUGCUCGUGAGAGUGUAUAAAAAAAUUAAUAGAUUGUAAGUAAUAAGACAGUUGUAUUUAAUAUUAAUCAUUCGUUGUCAGGAUCGUGUCGAGGUUGGACCUCGCACUUAAUAAUUUUAAAUUGUUCCUAGUUGACAUCACGAAAUUCGAUUUUGUUUUUCAAGUUUAGUGGGUACCCAUCUCAUUGGUUGGUUUUUAAAUGCGAUGACAUAAUUAUUUCUGAAUCUAUAUUUCUUGGAAUUGUUUUCGUUUGAAUAAAAUCGUUGGAUUUUUAUUCGUAUAAGAUUAAAAAAUAUGUAUUAACUAUCAUAGUAGCUCAGUUUUAUGUAAAUACCUAUUAUAUGUUUUAAAAUCAAUCUGUUAAAAUAUAAUUCGAAGAAAUACAGUCUAUAAUAUGUUUUUCUAGUUAAUUUUUUUUAAUGAAUCGUCAUCAUAAUGCACAAAUCUAUAUCUCAAAUUGGCCAGUUUAAUUUAAAAUUUGAAAUAUAAUAUGUACCUAAAAUACACGAUUUUGCUAUGUUGGGCAUUUACUGCUGUAUAGUAUAACAGCCAAAACGUCCAACGCAAAUUAUUUUAAAUAUAAUAUUUGUUCUUUGUUUUAUCGAUUUAUUGCUAUGGAUAAUGGGGUAAAAAAAUAUGAAAAUGAUUUUGUACUCGCGGUACAUGUUUAUCGUUCAUUUUAUUUAGCCUAUUCUUCCUUCUAAAAUGUUUACAUAUAUCUAGAUGCCUGCAUAAUAUUAUACCUACUCGUACAAUAAUUAUUUAUUAGAAAAGUAUUAUAAAGUUACAUUAUUUUUUUCGGAUUGCCAUAAUAUAAAAAAAAAAAACUAACUGAAUUUGGUUUUGAUAAUUCCACCCCUACUCACGUGUUUCACUGGAGUUGAAAAUAGAAAAACGAACAAAUAAGAUACGUAGUACUCUUGAUUUUUAAUUGAAUUCUAAUUUAUCGCAUUCAACGUAAAAAUGUCCAUUACUUUAAUGACGGAUCGUAAGUUUUUCUGUAAACAUAAUGUCUUGGUAAUUUUUCUAACAAAAAAAAAGUAUGAAACGCAAACUAUUUCAAAUAUUCUGAAAAAUCAUCGGCCUACAAUAACCAUUUAUAUUGUAUACAUUGGUUUUUAACCAAUCGUUUAAUUACACUCUAACGUAUAGUACUUACUUUUUUUUGUUUUAGUAGUUUUUUAGUUUUAAUGACCCGUCUAUAUGGAGAUAAUAAUAAUUCAUAUUAAAGACCGACACGCCCGUAUAAUAAUAUAUUAUAACAAAAUUACGCCGCGUAGAACUAUAUAAUUGUGUCAUUUAGGUUAAUUUAAGAGUUUUAAGUUCUAAGCGGUUACAGACCAAUUUAAAAGGGCCGCAUUUUUUUAUAACAUCCCAUAAUAUUUUUUUAAAAAAUAUAUGUAUAUAAUAUGGUCACUAUACGAGAACCUUUUGCCGAAGGCAUUGCAAAACAUCGCGCUCUAGUAUAUUGACAGAAUUCCCGUGGUCUUGACUCAUUGAGAAUUCCAACGUAUAUUAUUGCAAACCCUGUUUUUCAUCCAUGGAGAUUUUCUAUAUAUUGAAAUAAACUAUUUGCUAUUGUUUUGAUUUUUUUUUUCAAUUUGGGGGCCCUUCCAAUAGAUUUGCCUGGGGUAUAAAAACUACAGGUAUUUAUGUAUAACUAUCAAUUAAACCCGAUCCUAGGUUUUGUUCGUUGUUAAUAAAAAUAAUCAUCUACAAUGCAUUUAUAAUUCGUUAGUCGAUUGUAAAUUAAUCAAUGUACGGCGAUUAUUGUAUCAAUUGUCAUUAUUUUUACCUAUAAUGCCCAUCAUUGAUGUACGAGUAUUAAUUAUUAUUAUUAUUUUUUUUUUUUGUUGCAGGUGAGUAAUCAAUUCUGUUAAGUACACGUGGUAUACGAACACACACACACAUACACACACACACACAUAUAUAUAUAUCUAUAUAUAUAAUAUAAGUAAGAAAAUAGUUAAAAUAUUUCUCUACUAUGAAUCAUGCUCUCACAUUUGUAUUGCAAAUGGAUUAUUGGGUAGGAAAUGAUCAACAUAAUCGGAACCGGAGUAAGUAGAUUUAGAUUAUGCACUUAACAAUAUACCUGUAUAAUAAAUAACAUACGUCACUUAAAAAAUACAAAAGAAAAAAAAUGUUGAAGGAAUUUUCAUUUUAGAUAUAAUAUGAUUAUUUAAUACGUACAUUAUUAUAAUUACAAAGUUGUCGAUGGAUGUAUACGCUUUUAUGUACAUACAAAUUUUUCUCUACUCUCGCGGUUUCAUGAUUUAAAGCCUCUUCCCUUUAGUUCAAGUUUCACUUUCGUGUUUAUCGUAACACCUAUGUAUACAGAUAUAUAUUUUGUAUAUCAUGACAGAACAAUAAUUUGAAUACCUUUUUAUUCUUUUUGAGAAAUAAUUUUUGUAAAAAUAUGCGUCAAUCAUAGUAUGAUAUAGUGUUACAGCAUUCGGAAGGGAUAUUAUAUUAUUUAGAAAGUGUCCCAGUUUAAUUGUAGAAAAUCGAAGGUGUCGAUGAAAAGCGUGGUAUGUUAAAGUGAUGGACCGUAACUGUGUCCAAUCGUUUUGAAGUAUCCCACUGUUUUCUACAGAAUUUUCACUUUUCAAACGUAUGGAAUAUCAAUGCUCGUUAUUUUAUACAAUUGUGAAUAAAACAUUUGUAUUGUUAUUAUUAUCAUAAUUUUUCUAUCCAGUACUCUCUUGGGUGCUUCAGUUUAAUGGGGAUAUCUCGAGUGCAUCCCGUUUUUAAUUUUUAUCUUUUUCAUAGCCCAAGUUAUAUUGACAAAUUUUUUUGAAUUUUCCGAGUGAGUGCGCAGUCGUAUCGAUACAGCCUUAGGUAGGUACCUAUUUAUACUUAUUUAAAAGCUGAUAAACUUAAUAAUUGAUAAACUGAUCAGUGGGAAAACAACAUUUUGUUUCAACUUAGAUAAUAAAACUUAAUAAGAUUGUGGAGUACGGCUAAUAGUCAUAACUAAGCUAGUGAACGAAUGUAGUACCAUAAUUUUUAAACAAAUAUGGUUAUGUUUUUAAGAUGCAAAAUAAAAAAUUGAAAUACUAUAAUCUAAAGACUAUGUAUUCUGUAUCUAUUUUAUAGCCAACUUAAAUGAGUGUAAUCAAUAUAAUAGAUAGUAAAAUAACUUAAUAUGUUUAGGGUUUAAAACAGUUCACCUUCUCGUGAUGCACCCUGUGUAACUCCGAGUGAAUUGAAACGCAUUCGGGCUACGUAGAAAAAAUGAUCUUUUUUUAAUGGGAUGUACUCGGGAUAUUGAAAAAUGAUCAUUUCGAUACGCACUCGGGCAACCCCGAGUUUAAUAAUGUACGACGGUCUGGAGCUAGAACCACACAACCCAUGUUUAUCCCUCUAAAUACUCAUAAUUAUUAUAUCUACGUAGCUAUACAAUAAUUUUCAAAUACAAUUUUGCAUUUAUGUGUUAUUAUCAUUUGUCUUGUUCAUAUAAAAAUGUUUAGUUUCGCCGCGCGUGUUUGAAAUUAUGAUGAUUGUGAAUCGUAAACAAUUUCAAUUAACCUUACAUGUAUACUACUUUUUAAUUUGUUUUUUGCAUAUUACGCUUUAUGGAAGGAGCGCGAUAAUUUUAAAUCAAUAGGUUCCUACGUAUAAUAAUAAUAUAUAUUUUGUCGAGUAUAAAAUUUAUCUUCGGCUAGCGGUUUUAGAUGCAAAUUAUAGUGAAGAAUUAAAAUUAGAAAGUAGCACCUUUAUAAUAGUAGAUGAUGAUGACCUCAGUACGUGCGAUGUCAAAAUAAAAGCUGUUACACGUUAUUUCUACUACCUAUUACCUAUAAUAUUGGAUAUCUACAAUAUAGAUACCCAUCAAAAGGUUUUUGUACAUAUGUUGACAAUUUUUAGAUUCUGAGUGGUGCGAGGAAUGUAUUGGUUUUUCAAUGAUAUUUUUUAUUAUUCUUAUUUAUUAUUUAUCUGUGAACAACGUUUGUUUCCACUAGCAAUUUUUCUCCGAUUCACAAUGAUAGCACUUUUUCUGAAAGGAAAUCUGACUGGGGUGAUAUUUUAUGGAGGGUUUUUUUUUAUUUUCCUAGGAGUUUUCCCAAUAAAUAGAGAAUAUAGAUACAAUAUUAAACAAAUAUUAUUAAAUAAAAUAUUAAAUGCAUACCUAUGUAAUUUUACUUCAAUAUGACAUAUAUAUUGUUGACAAAGCAAUACUAUGAACUGAACUCUGCUCAAAAUAGUUUUUUUGUUAUCAAUGAUUAAUCGUGAGAUUACAGAUAAACAUUAAAUUCCCGUAUACAUCCUACCUUCCCAACUUCCCACCUACAACAGUGGUUGUACCCGUCCCCAUUAUCCUAGGACAAUUUUUUUAUUUUUAUUUGUUUGUUUUGUUUCUUGUGUUUUACAUUCUGACCCCGAUUUCACACGGCGUAUUAUUAUCGCAGGUUUGUAUAAUUGACUUCUCUUACCGAACUACUGUGCGGGAUCACGGUCAUGUAUACAUUUUUAAAUUAAGUGAUGAAUAAUAAUUGUCAUCUUGUGACUUUGUUAUGUAGAUAUACAGCUAUAAGUUUAUAUAAUAUGAUAUAUAUAUAUAUAUUAUACGCAACCGGAAAUCUCUAUUGAUGACGAUCCUCAUUUAUAUCUAUUUAUAAUAUAUUAUAUUAAAUAAAAUGUCUAUAUGGUAAUUCGAAGUUUCUAGAUUCCUUAUACGGCCAUUCAGCCAUUGUAUCUUCAUUUUCUUCUACCCGCGUCUGUUCGUUCUCACUUAUCGUUGUCGUUAGCAAUACAAACAUUAUUUUGCUGUAAUUAGUAUAGUGACUUCCGAGUAGUUUAUACUAUCGUCACCUCUUCGAUAUUUUAGAUAAACUAUCGAAUAUUUGUUUUCAUUAACCGAAUACUUUUAUUUGGAAAAACUAUCGAAUAGGUCGAACGCGAUCUACGAUUAACCAUCAAAUAGUUCUAUAGUAACUAUUCGAUUUUGUUCAUCUCAAGUAAUUAUUACGUAGUUUAUACCACGUGUUUGGUUGUGAUGUAUGUCUAUAAUGUUUUAUUUGAUUCGUAGGUAUACAGAAGCAAUAAGUCAUAAAGGUAUUUAUAUAUUUUAUACUAAUCGAAUGUGAUAUUUUUUUAUAUUCGUACAAUUCGAGAAAAUAUACCAAUUAUUAUUCAUUUUUAAUUCAGGUGUUCGUAUAUUAUGUAACAUAUUGGAAAUUGUCAAAAAUCGAAAACAAUAUUGUUCAAACUAGACAUUUAUAGAUUUUUGUAUAGAAAAUCGUGUUGUUUUUAAUUUUUUUAGUUGCGGCAAAUCGUUUACAAUUUUUACAAAGGAAUUCCUACACGACUCGUGUUUUUUUAGAAACUAUAGCGCGUUUAAAAUUUGGAAAUCUCUGUCGUCAAUUAAACAUCUGAUAUAGCAGAAUAAAAUUAGCCAUCUCUUUUGAAGUAUACUUUUUAUGAUAUGGUCACAAUAGACGUUCUUGGUAUUAAACUAUUAACUAUAACCUAUCGGAAGUAAGAGUAAAAUCGAACGUCCUCAUUCUUAAGAUAAAAAUCUACAAUCUUAUAUUUGUAUUGUACGCGAAUUUUGGCACUAGAUCAUAUUGUUAAUGCCAAAUUACAAUGAACUGACAAAGUGGCCAAAGGCGUUACAGAGUGGAUGACCAAAUAAUAAUCUCAUUUUGGCUUAAACGUUAUUCACGGUUGUGUUUUCAUAAUACAUUCUAAAUUAAUGAAUCUCUUGUUGUAUAAUUGUAUAGUUUAUAAUCAGCUAUACGAAUAUAUGUUGAUAAUUAAACGUUUGAUAGUAAUAUAUAUAUAUAAUUGUAGAGCUCAGAUUUUUAUACGCAUUUAAAAAUCAUAAAAUACGCCAGGAAUAUAUGGAGGGGUUUAUUUUUUAUAUCUACUUACAAACAUGCCCUUAAAACCAAAUUGGUUUUAAAAAAAAAGUAAGACAUUUUUUUUUCCUGUACUCGUUUAGAAAUUAGUAAUAAUUUUUAUAUCUAUUGGAUAACCAUUUUAGGUAGAUAUAGUUACCUGAAAAAAAAUUAAGUUCAGUUAGGUAAUGUAAAUUCUUAUUUUCCGGUCUUAUAAAGGUGUUGGAAACAGUUUUCCACAUUUUUUUUUUAAUUUUGUUAAAUGUGAAAAAUUUUUAUUUUUUUUAAUACACCACCUUUUUCUCUAAUUCACUACUCGAUACCCAUUUAAGGGGAAUAUAUAGAGGUACCCUGGGUAGAAUGCAGAACUUAAUGUUUAAACUCAAUUGUGCAGCAUUUAUUUAAUGUAAAGCUCCGAAUUCUCAAUUGAUAAAUACUUAGAUAACAAUAUAAAUAACAAUUAAUUUGAAUGAUCAAAUAAAUAAUUAAAUUACUUAUAUUUUACUUUAUAGUUAGAAAAAAAAAUUGAAAAAAUUACCCCAUUCUAUCCAUACUCCAGGGUAGAAAGAAGUAUGUGUAUAAACUUUUUAAUAUAUUAUAUUAUCUUUUUGAAAAAAAAGUUUUUAUUUUUAUUCAUUAAUUAUUUUUUAAACAAUAUUUACAUGUAUGCCAAACUUUAUCAUCCUAUCGCUUUUUAUUGAUUUAAAUCAUUUGAAAAAUAGGUAUGUUUCAACCCCCUGAAGUUGAGUAUGUAGUUUAUAUUCCCUCUAAAAUUAUGAGUAACUGUAAUAUUUUCAUUAAUACAGAAUACCUACAAUUUUCGUUUUUACUAACAUAAUAUAGCGUAACUAAUUCUUCAAAAUAUGCAAAAACACACACUAAAAAAAUACCGUAUGCAGUUUAUUUAUUCGUGAUCUUAUGAACCAUCGUAUACCCUUUACAAUAAGAUAUGCCAAAAUUGACAUAAACAAUAUGUCCGAACUCAAAAAAAUAGUUAUUAAAGUUUAAUAAUAUAUAUAUAUUUUACAAAGAAAAUGAAAACAAAAACAUAAGAAUAAUUGUAUAAUCCUUUGCUAUAAAUGGUUAUACAUUAUUUUAAAUGGUUAUUAUAUAUAGUAUGUAUAGUAUAUCAAAGUAUUUAUCUUAUGUAUACCUACUAGACAUUUUUUUCUACUCUUUUGAAAAUCUAUGGAUCUUCCAUCGGCUUUUGCAAUCCGUGAAGGUCCUUUUCUGCUUCUCCCACCUCUCUCUGCCUUUCUUUGUCAUCUAUUCUUGUUCCUAGGAGAUUUCGGCAAAAUCUGACUUCACGCUGUCCAUUCAUCUCUUAUCUAGGACAAUCUCUGCACAUGAUCGACCUAUUCUAACCUGGCUUUUUAAAUAUGCACUGAUAAUGGAUUUUCAAAAUAGUUGGUAAUUUUUUCGUUUGCUUGUUUAACUAUAUUUUUCACUCUAUAUUUUACGUUAAUAAUAUAUUCGUUCAUAUUUGGCCAGCCUCAAAUAGUUGGAAUGAAGUUGAAGGAGCGGAUAUUCGUAAUAUUUUUUUUUUCAAAUAUGUGCAUUUUUUCACGUCAAUAACGCAACUUUUUGUGGAAUGUGCUUAUGAACGUUUUAUAGCUAGUGCACUAUCUAUCGUAUGCUAUGCCAGAAAAAGUAACGAUCAAUUUAUAAUAAAUACAGAUGAGUGAAAUAGGCGAUAUUUUGGUGAUACAUUAUAAUUGUUUUAAAAUGCGGUUUGCAUAUUAUUAUAAAUGACAAAAUAAUUGUUGUAUUUAAAAUAUAUGUUUUUAUUCUUAAACGCGCUCAGAGAAUUUGCUACUGGUCUGUAGUGUCAAUAAGGUUGGUAAACACUGGUAAGUAUACACUGAGAAAAAAGUGAUUGAUUAUAGGAAUAAUAUGUGGAGGACGGUAGUAAGAAUAGUUGACCCCACUUGCGUGGUAUACAUUGAAGAAGAAGAGGUUUCUGUAGGGGUUAUCUCCUUACAUACUUACUAAAAAAAAUAAAUAUUUUUUCAAUUAAUUACUCGACAAUGACUAUUAUUUAAUAUUCUAUGAGAAAAUUCACGAGGUCGCCUUGUUAGUAUUAAAAUUGUAUUGUUUAUAUUAUAUUUAUUGUAAUUUUUUUUUAAAAAACAAAUAAAAAUUCUGUUCAUUUUUUUUAGCAUAAAAGUAUUUAUACUUCCUUUAUAUUCAAGACUUAACUUUCGAGAACUUCGUAAACAAUAAAUUUUGUUGAUUUUUACGAGGAAUAGACACUAAAUAAACGUAAAUUAAGUGGAGUGAAAAAAGGUUUCUAGAUGUCUUGUCUACAGUUUGGCGUAGUUUAUGUUGUUCUACAAUCUUAUUCGUGUAUAAUGUAUAACGUAAAUGGAUUAUAACAAUUCUAACAAGACUAAAAAUUAAUUAAAUAUCUUACUACCAUAGCAUUAUAACGUUUUUAUCAAAAUGUAUAAACCAAAUAAAUGUUAUACAUUUUAUAACAUAAAAUUCAUUCCUAAUUUUCGAUUUUAAAAGCAAGCUAAUAUUAUGAUAGAAUUAAAAAAAAAACUUAACUGUUAACAAACUAUAUCUUAAUAGUAGGUACCUGAAAAUAUCCGAGUACCUUUACUCGUUAAUUACCUGGGCUAUAAAAAUGAUUUCUAUAAGUGAAUCUUAAAUCUAAUACAUAAUUACUCGUGUGUAUUAGUUAGUGUAGAAAUUAUUAUAAAAUUUCUCAAUCUGUUCAAGCCGUCUCAAUCUGUUAAUUUACUGUGUUAAGUAUACAAAUUAAAACCAGAAUAAUCCCGGGUAUACGUAUACUUAAGUAUAAUAUUAUACGUGCGUGUUAUAAAAUGUAUGUCCAAAUAAAAACAAUUUCACGAACAGCUUGCUUCCAUCAUAUUAUAUUCCCAUGCUUCUAUGAACAAUUAUAAAAUCUUUCUGAUAAAAACGUUAACACGUUCUUGUCUAUACAGUUGUGUAUUUAUGAGGAUGUUGAUUAGAGAGAUAUAAUAUCUCCCCCCUCCCAUUUGACCUUGUUUUAUUACCUAUAACUUAUGGCUACCUAUUUUAUAAAUUCAAAUUUAUUUACUUUUCAACUGGAAAAAAACCUGAAACUAAUGUUUAUUUUCACACAAAACCAAUCCUAAUCACUUUAAUAUGAUACCUAGACUUCGAUUAGUAUAUCUAAAUAGUAAAUAAACUAAUAUUAUAAUAAUUAUUAAUACUAUUGUAGCUUAUAAUCAAUAAUAUAUCUAGUAACUGUAUGAUACACUUAUUUAGUUUUAAUAAUAAUUUAUGGACAAAUUAAACUAUAAAUUACUUAUAAAAAUUAAAAAUUAAUUAAUAAUUAAUUAAUCUUUUUUUUUUUAGCGUAGAAACACACAUAAUAAUGUGUGUAUAUAAUAUAUUUACCAUUUACGGUGUAAUGCAAUUUCCAAAUUCAAUAUCUCCCUCCAUCAUUGUGUCUUAACUUGUAAUAAUAAUAAUUUUUAAUAUAUGCACUACAAUUACCAAAACUAUGAUCAAAAGAAAAAUGUAGUGAUACAAAAAUUUGAAUUUAUUAUUAACAAAUUAGAAAAACCAUUAUAACCUAUAUUUGAGUUAAACAAAUUUUUAAAUAAUAAUAUUAAACCUACUAAGGCUAUCAGCUCGUUUGCUGACAUUUAUGAGUCUUGACAAAUUUAUCUCGAUUCUUUGAGUUGAAUAUUAUGCUUUAAAAACGUACAAAAUCCUUAAAUAUUAUACCCUAAAAAUUUAAAAAUUAUCUAUAUGCAGUAGUUUUGUAUCGAAAAAUUGUUAGAUCACGAAACACGUUUUGCUAAAACUAAUCAUAUUUGUUUGACCAAUCAAUGAAAAUAUGCAAAAAUGUGUAAAUAUCCUCUCUAAUUAUUAAUAUUAUGUACAUUGUACCUAUACAAAUAAUUAACAUGUUCGAGGUGGAAAAAAAACAUUUUACAUUAUUUUUAUUUUUGUAUUUCUAUUAAUCGAGCGUCAUUUUCGAAUAAUAAUUAUUAUAAUAAUAUACCUAUCGUAAAAUCGGUUACUGUUUUUUUUUUUUUUUUUGAAAGUGAUCCGCAAGAAUCACUACAUCAGUGACAGAGAGUAGUUAGGUUAUGUACGUCCCCUCCAGCUGUGGUGUAGUGCAGGCACUCCGCCGGCGGAGUGUAUUCGUUUCUGCACUGGUUUCAAGCUUCAGUAGGUUAGUAAGUGUCGUUCGCUCCGUACCUCGAACGCGCCAGUCGCUCCGCCGCCCCGACCAUGCGAUUAUAACAGUAUAGACGUCGUUAUUUCCUAUAUUUUUAUUAUUAAUAUCGUAAGGUCCGCACGUGCAAAUAGUUCAUUAUUAUAUUAUACAGUAUAUCCGGAUAGUUUUAUAUUUCGCGUGUGAAGAAAAAUAAACGAAAACAAUACAAUAAUAUGGCGUAAUGUGAUCGACGAAUUUAUUAUCGAACACCGCUACCACCAUCGUUAUGGCGGGUCUUCUGAGGGUACCACAAUAUCGGCACAGUGGAGGCGGCAGUGGCGGCGGCGAGGACUGCAGCAGGACCGCGGGUCCCGAAGAAGGGAUCGAUAAUUUGUUACUGGUGCCCGAGAGCGUGCUGGACAUGGAUGGCAAUCAACUCCGGGACGACUUGAACGGACUGAGAUUCGCUUUUCAAAAACAGUAUCUGCAGGCGGACCUCGGGCCCCGGGGAAAUAUUUGGAUCUGUAAGAUUAAUUAUAUAUACGCGUAAUUUUUUUAUAUAUGUUUUUUACUCCAAUUCAUUAUUGCGCGUAUGCGAUAUACGUAUGCUAGUGGCCUAUAUUUAAGGGUGGAAAUUAUGGAGAUAUGUCCCUCCCUCUUCUUUUUUUUUUUUUUUUUUGCAAUUUUUUCAUAUUUUAAAUCGGAAAAAUCAAAAAUAUAUGGGAAAUAAUCAUUAGUAUCUAGUUAUAACACGAUCUCAAUAAUAAUUUUAUUUUAGGACGGAUUGUAUUUUAAAUUAUAUGCGGAAAUAAAUAAGUUAAUCGUCUUUUUUCUUUUUUUUGCCUAGGUAUUCACAUUAUACGAUUUUAACCUACGAUUUACAAACUCAAAAUCAUCUCCCUUCUGUUCGGCAAAAUCCUAAUUGCUCCACUGUAAACAAACGCGUUUUAAGUACGCAUACAUGGAAAUUAAUUUUAGUUCAACAAUGAUAUAGGAUUGAAUUUACGAGUAAAAAUGCAGUAAACGGAUUUAGAAAACUACGUAAAUUCUGUUUUAUUAUUAUAAUAAUUUGUCCUUUGGUAGUUUAAUUCGUGUAUUGUAUAUAUUUUUACGGUACAACAAGUAAAUAAAAAAAAAAUGUAUUUUACAAUAUAAUGCUAUUAUAUAAACGGUAAAAUGCAUUAAAAAGAAUUAAUUUGUAAAUAUAUGAUGUUUAGGCAGGUAUCUCACCACGCCCUUUUGUCCGUGAAUCCAUUUAAGUAAUUAAUUUAAAAAAAAUAUAUUAGUAUAUUAUUAAAGAUACCUUUUUACCUACACGAUUACUCAAAUGUUACUUAAAUGUCACACGAACGAUUUUUUUGUUCGCCUGAAAGUAAUACACGGUUCUAGACAAUUAUGGAUUUUUCCUGGUGACACUAUAAGACACCUCUGCUCAUCGUUUACAAUUUUCUCUCACGAUUUAUCAUAAUUAUAUUCAUUGUACAGAAGUAUUUGCUGAAUUCACAUUAUAUAUCAUAAACCUUUUGAACCCAGAAUCAUUUUUUUUUUUGAAUCGGAAACAAUACCUGAUUAAGUACAUAAAAGCGAUCGAAAAACUGUCUGUAUUUGUAACUUGGCUUAGUCAUUUUAUGCGGAAUCGCCGAGUAUAUUAUCCAAAAAUUAUUUCUCGUAAUUUUGUUUUUUUUCUCGUCUGUAGUAUAUAUUAUGCAUACACAUUUUUUUAGAUGUAAAAUCGGUUUCCAAUUUGCAUAUUGGUAACGCAUUAAUUACUUAUAAAACAAAUAUUCUGCAAUACAGGUAGCGACAAAAAUAAAAUAUAAUAUGUUUAUUUGUCUCGCAUAUUAUACGAGUUCUUAUAAUACUACCUAUCUUCCUACGUACAAAAAAAAAAAAAACGUGUUGGUAUUAUUUUCAAUUGUCAAAAUCAUUUUUUUUUUUUGUGUACCUUCAUUCAUUAAAGUAAUUUAUUUACUCGGCUAAAACACUUUCGUAAAAUAUAUUAUACACCAUUAUGCGUGGUUGUCAUCAGUGAACUCUUAACUUUAUAGAGGCUACUUUAUGUUAUUUUAUUUAUGUAUAUAGAACUCGAUUUUAAUAAACUGUAUAAAUCCGUUGUUAUUGGCAACUUUGAACAACGCGUACGUGUCAGACACGGUUUUGUGAUUAAUAUUUUUUUGUAACCGACAGAUUUUUCAAAUGGACAUAGUUCCUUUUUUUUUCUAUAAUAGCGUUUAUACAUAUUGAAAAAAAACCCUAACCAUGAAUUUUUUUACUUAUAUGCCUAUACUAUAUUAUUUUUUUAUUUCGAGACUGAAAUUGACACGUACAUCUAUUGUUAAUAUUUAGGCCGUAUCGUGCAAUAAACCUAUUUAAAUGACCAUCCAAAGUAUACGAUGCCCUAAUUAACUAUAACAUAUAGGUAGUACUUAGUCACAAUUUAUUUUUAAAAAUAAAAUAGCUGUUUCUACUAAAGGGUGUGCCACUAUUAUUUUAGGAUGGAAAUUAGAACGAAUAAUUUAUAAAUUAAUUUAAUUUAUAUCUGUACGAAAUGAAAUACGAUUCUGAUGAAGGUAUUAUCAAUCGUAUUUUCCCCUUGUUAUCUGCAAUAUAACCCAGAAAUCAACAAAAAUUAUGCAAACAGUUGCCAUUUUUUCCUAUUUGUUAUGAAAACUACAAGAAAAAUCAAAUUGACCUGACCUCUUCAAUGCACUAACUAGGUCAAAAAUACUAUAAGAAAUUUCCUAUAAAGUUUUUGGUGGAAAAUUUGUUCACAGACAACAAAGAUCAUAUAGUAAAAUCAAUACAUUCCUUGCUACGUUCAGAAUCUAAAUAUAUUUAUCAUAUCACUAUAAUUGACUUAAAAUACUUACGCGUAUUCAGCUGUAACGUAAUCCGUUUUUUAUUAUUAUUAUACUCGUUCCUAAAAUAUUAUAUAUAAUAUAUUUUCAUUUUUGAACUCUUGACAUUUAUGUUUUGGAUUUUGUACCAUAAUGUGAUCAUUUUUUGUCUUGUCUGUAAACCACUUUUCUACCAGAAAUCUGGUUUUGAUCUUGAAGUGUAGUAAUCUUUUUCGACAGCAAAUUGUGUCUGGUUGGCGCGUCAGGAAAUAUUAUUUUAAAUAUUUCAUAGUAGUUUUUUUUAACAAGUCUUUUAUUUUUGAUUUUUUUUUUUUGGUAGUUCGAUUAAAAAUAAUCGUAAAGUCUUGAAGCAUUUUCUCAGAAUACUUAUAUUAGCUAUUUCCAAACGUGGGGAAAUUUUAAAUUAAUAACUCAAAAUCAGAAUAAUGUUUUGAUUUUCAAACAAUUUCUAAACAUUAUAGCAAAUUUAAGCUAUUUAUUUGAAAUGUUCGUGUUUUUGUUUGGUUAUUUUAUAUAGAUAAAAUUGUUUUGUCUGAGUAGAAAUGCUUGAAAAUUUAACACAAAGUUCAUCAUAAGUUGUAUUUAUUGGAAAAAUAAAUUGAGCGUAAUGAGUAGUUUUCUUUUUAUUUUACAAUUUACAUAAAAAUCGUAAAAAUUACGGCAUUUAGAAAAGCUUAUUUGUUCGAACUUUGCCCAGAACCGUUUUUCAUUAACAAUAAUUUGCCAUAGCAUUUACUUAUGUCAAUGAAAUAAUUGUAUACAUAUUCUACCUUCCCAACUUCUCACUUACAACAGUGGCAUACCCGUCAACAGUAUCAACUCUUUUUUCAAAAUGAUUACAUUUUUUUUCUCGACAUUUCUAUUUAUUUUUUCUCGGUUCUUUACAAGUAGCUUACAUUUUAUCGUACGUUUUAUAUCGUUUACCUACACUAUUUACCCGCACAGUUUAUACAGUGCCUAAUGCAGUUAAACUAUUCGCACAAACACCUGGUCGCACCAUAAAGAACUCCGAUAAUUACAUCGACAAUUAUCAUUUAAAUUUCCCGUGUUUUUGUUUUCAUUUUGUUGUUUUGUGUAUAUUAUCUAAAAAAAAAAACCGGCAGUUCGUUUAUAAAUUGUAUUUAGAAAUCGUUCAACAUGAUUUCGGUACGUCUAAAUAUAAAAUAAUCUUUUAAAACGUAUAACCGUCGUAAAAAUCUGAUAUGGCUGUCGAACAAGGCUAUUGUAAUAAUAUCAGUAAUAAUAAUCAUAGUAUAAUGAUAUUCGGCACUAUAAUAGGAUACAGCUAAAAAUUCGUACGCACUAUGUUUCAUUAUUAUUAUUUGUGUAUUUUUUUUUUUUUUUUUAUAGCUAUUCCAGUAAUACAUAUAUGUAUAUAGGUAUAUAGGUACGCAUAGUAAUCUGCAGGAACUAUAAUAAUAACAAACAAUUGACUGAACACUUUUGAGGUAAAGAAAAUAAAAAAUUACGCAAUUCGCACGAUCGAGUAAUUACCGUCAUUUUUGUCAGUGAAAGUGUAACUAUGCCAAAUUACGUUUACAACCCGUAACGACAAUAUCCCCCGCGAAUCAAAAGAAACAGCGCGACGUUUUGUAACUGUUCGUUAAAAAGACACACACAGUAUAACAUUAUAUUACGGUUAGAUGUGUUGUCGGGAUUUUUACACCGAUCGUACGUUUUCCGUCACAAUAAACGCGGCGGCGGCCGCGGAUAUUUCAUAAAUUUUCAGCAAACGACUGUUAUACAUACGCAAUAAUAAUUAUAUUAUGUUUUUAUUAUUAUUCGGUAUAUUAUAUUCUUCGACCUUCGACUUGCCGUUAUUGAACGAACCCUGACGCGAAGAUUGAGAUUGAGACGACUAUAUAAUUAUUUUCAUAUUUAUACUUAUUAUUAUUAUUAUUAUUAUUAUACAAAUAGGUAUGCAUUAGUUUUUGGACGUAUAACAAAGAAAAUGUAAUAUUAUAUAUACUUUACCGAAAUAGUAUCUCACAGACGGGUUACCAUACGGAAUGUAAUAUUGCCGUAGUAUGAGCUCUUGAGAGGGUCGGUCAAAGCUGAUCACCUACUAGUUAAAAAAGUUGAGUAAUUAUAUUUCAGUAUCAUUACUGCAUAAAUAUAGUUGGACAAGACGUUUUCACGGAAUCUUAUCAUGUUUCAUAAACGCACAAAUUAUUGUUUAAAAGACGUGCACAUGUGCUGGCAGUGUUUAAUGACCAUUUUUAUUUCGUAAUGGUCGAUUAAACUGUGUCAAUUGUUGUUAUGAAGAGAGAAAAAAGCUACGUCUACCAUAGCUAUGUAUGUAGAAAGUAGUCGGUCUUCCCUUACUGUUGCAUUUUUUUUUUUUUUUUUAGUUAAUUGAUGGUCAAUGACCACAUCGUGUAAUUCCAGGUCGUGUAUACAUACAGAUCGUUUUUGAUCUGGAAGGUCAUUGUAGUGGAAUUCUUUAACCGCCGUCAUCUCAUGCGUGAGUUAUUUUCGGUCAGAAAACUAAAUACAUUUACUAUCGUGGGUUUUUGUAAUUAUUUUAUGCGUAUCGUAUCCGUGGCCGGCAUUUUUGACCGAAUCGUUUUUACGGUUCCUUAAGACCCUAAUGUAAUAUAAAAUGUUAUACGUGGUGCAAUCGAAAAUCCGUAUAAGGUAUUAGAAUUCUACAAUUAACCGUUAAUUUUUUUUUUCUACACAGGUAUUCCUGUCGCCGUCAUAUACGUGAUAGGUAUAGUAUUAUGCAUACAACCGUUUGACCUCAUUUUAUAAAAUCAACGCGGUCGGUCGAAUCGAAAUAAAUAUUUGCGAUUUUUCGCAUUUAAAUUAAAUAUAUAUAUAAUAUACACGUUGUCCGCUGUAGGUAGGUUUUAAUUAUAGUUGUCUGGAUCACAUGCGCAUUUUCAAUUAUAAUAAUUUCAAAUCGGUUAGAAGUAAUUCAUUUUUUGGUACAUUUAGACCAAUAACCAGGAAUAAAUAUAUAAACACACUCCCAGUGGUCUAAAUUCUGUUUUGUAAAAUUAUUUGACUUCGUGUAUCUUUUUUAUUUAUUUUAUAUUAUAAUGGAUGGGCGUCCAAUAUACAGGAACACGUUUGAGUAUGACAGAAGAAAAUAUAAUUACAAAGACUUGACAAUGAAUGAUGCGUCCCUGUUUGUGAAACGCGUCAUCCUUAUAAUUGCGAAUUCUGGUGGUACGACGUAGGGGAGCGAGGUAAUUUGAAAAUAGCAAUGGAUCUGGGGGAAUAAGAAGGGAUGUUAAAGUUGACAAGGGAUAGUAAAACCAGGAAAAUUUAUCUUACGGACAUGAGGUAUUAGAAAAAUAUUCCAGUUUAUUAGUCGAAAACGUCUUAUUAUGAACGAAUGUCCAUGAAAAGGGUACUAUCAAUAAGAUGAUCAUUAAAAGUCAAAAUUUAAUUUUCAAAUUCUGCAAAAUUGAGAACAAUAUUUGGAAAACUGCUUCUAACCCCUUAAAUAAAACAAAAACUACGAGCGACACUCUCUAUACUACCUCUUUGUGUACAUCAUAUUUGAUACUUGUGAUAAUCCGGGCAGUAGUUAUAUAUUUUAUUUGUUAAAAUUAAAAUUGUUUUACGGUCAUCAGUAGCUCGGCUAUUCCAUAAUGUUAUAUGAACGUUUAUUCGUUUUUAACGUUUAUACGUAUUAAGAAGAAAGCUGCAUCUAGGGCACGCCUUGUGUUCUUAUAGGUUAUCAAAUAGGACAUAAUGUCUAGCUGCGGAUUGAGCAUCACUAAUGCGAAAAUAUUAUGUGUACACAUAGGUAUAAUAUAUAGGUGAAUUAAAAGUGAAAGUUUGAUGAACUUCGGGAUCAUUAAAUUGUAUGUACAAUAUAGUUUUUUAGUUUUUAAUUAAAGCAUAAUAUAUGUAUCGCGGAUGUAUUUAUAAAUUAUAUGUAUAGAUAAAAACGUGUCGCAUAUUUGCAUUUGAGAACACUAUAUAUAGUAUGAAACUAAAACAAAAUAACUUUUUAAUGGUCAAUCUACAUCUCGUUCCCACCUAUGAUAACUACCAUUGGCCGGGUGACGAUGACGUUAACUUAUGCUGAAUUAUGUUAUAAUAAAUUAUUAUAGUUUAGCCACUUUUCGUAUUUCCUCCUCGCAUUGUACAGUUAAUUCUUUAAAUUAAAGAUAAUUAUAAUAAAUUUUAUAUAUAUAUAUAUUUAUUUAUUUUUUAACUAUAAAUCUUUAAUCCCGUGUAAAAAUAGCUUACGUCAAUUAUUUUAUUUUUUUUAUUAUAUAAUAAUUUCCCCUUUAUUCUUUGCUCUAAUUGCCAUAAGUUUUAAACAUUUUACUGAAACUAAAAAAACCUAAGUCACAAUGAUGCACUUUUCGUUUGGCAAAAAAGCAUUUUGUCAUUUAGCAAUUUUCAAAAUAUAAUUUGUUUGAAUUGAAAACUACAUAAAAUUGACUUAAGCCCUUUUUGUCUGGGAUCAAAGAUAUAUAAUUAGGCACUUUAAUUUAAAAACAAUAGAUGGUAACGAAGCAGUUUUCUAUCUCUAAAAUACUUACCGAUUCGAAAGAAAAAUAAAACGUAAUUAAUUAUUAUCGUUAAUUAUUUCAAUAUUGCCUCAGCAACAAUAAUUGUAAACAACAAUACGUGUCAAAUAAAAUAAACUUUUUUGUUGUCAGUGCCUAUAUUAUAUAGAUAGGUACUUACUAUUUUUAUUGUAUAAAAUCCUUGAAUCCGUAGUUGAAAAUUUAACUAUAAAUUCAAUGAACUUUCGAGGACGUUGUACUUGAUACAAAACUAUGUGUAUUUAUUUGAUUUAUCUUUGUAGUAUAUUAUUAUAGGAAAUAUUUAAAAAGCAUCGAAUCGCAUACCGGUAACGCCUUAGAAUAUAUAAUAAUACAAUCGAUAUGUAUAUCGUAUCAUAUAUUAUGUAUUAUAGACACUAUUUUAGAUUCUAAAUAUAUAAAUACUAAUUUAACGAUGCGUGUGCGUUUUUAUUUUCAGUAAAAAAAAAAAGAAUAUUGCUUCGAUAAUGUAUGUAUAUAUAUAUUGUGUGUGGGUAGUAGUUAUAGAUUAGACAUUUUUGAAAUUUCUCCGCUACUAUACAGUUCAGUCGUGUAUGCGUGGAGCGAAUGUGGAAAACUUGAAAAAAAUACAUUUAGGUCUCUUGUUAUAAAACUAGCGUUAUUCUCCUAAGGCUAAAAAGCGGCUCAUCCAAAAAAAAAAAAAAGUGGCCCGUCUAAAUUGCGGAAUGUGCAUCAGUAAUAGUACAACAAUAAUAAUAGAACACCCAUAAUAAUAUUAAUAUACUCUGACCAUACUGUUUGGUUUUUAUACUCGCCUAUACUCUUCGCUCUUCUGAACAAAAAUUCCAUGUACAGUCGUAUAAUGUAGAAAAAAAAUUAUAAUGGGCGGAAUUCCAGUUUUGGGCACUAUAUAGCUUAUAAUCGUUCUACCUUCGGUGUGUACAGGUUUUCGAUGUUAUAAUAUACUGUUGUUUUUAUAUUUAAUUUGAACGCCAAAAAUAGAGAAACUCAAUUAGCUCGAACCCCUUUUUUUUUAUUAUUAUUAUUAUUGUUAUUUUAUAUGGUUUUUCAUAUCGUUUAUAGUAUUAUAAUACUGUGAAUAGAUCAUAUUUAUAAUAUAUAUUUUAAGCUCUGAUCAAAGUGAGAAUUAUUAUACUAGGUCAACCAUAAUAUAUGUUUUUUUUUUUUUCUGUGUCUGUGAACAUCUCUUCUAUCAGAAAUCUUGCUCCAAUCUAAAACUUUUAAGGAACUUUCUUGUAUCACUGAUCUAGUUGGUGCAUUAAGUCUUUUUUUCUCUCACUCUUGGAUAUGUCUUUAUUUUUUGUAGAUUUAUGAAUUAUUUUGGCAACAAGGGAAAAAAUGUGACUAAUUGUAAUACUCUGUCCAUAAUCGUUUUUCGUUACCAAUGGUUUAUUGUUGAAUAUUAUAAUAUCUAUAGUUUUCAAUUUUGUUUGUUCCUCUGUAUAAUAAUAAAAUUACCGUAUUUUGGUUAAAUAUUUACCGGGGGUAAAAUUACAUACAUACACUCAUUGUAUAAGAUUAAUUCGCUUCGCUCGGAAUUUAAAUGUAACGAUAUUUCAUAAAAAUAAUAUAAUACAAUGCAAUACUAAAAAAAUAAAAAAUAAAAAUUUAAAGCGAAUCGUUUACCGACGUUAGAUGAUGGGGAGUUGUGUUCACCACAAUAUUUCUCUGCACUUAGAAUACUGUACAUCGUGUGGAAUUUGACGCGCGGUUUUUGUUCACAAUGCAACAUAAAUAUUAUUAUAUUUUCGUAAAAUAAUAAAAAAAAAAAAGUCGAUUUUGAGAGAAAAUAUUAUUUAAUGAUAUUUUAUAGUGACGGAAAGAGUGGUUGAGAUUCCUUUCUUUAUAUUUUGUGAACUAUAUACAAUAAGUACUUACUACACACUUUGAGAAUGGCGGGAACGAAAACAAAAUAUUUUAUUAUACGUAAUUUGUAGUUCCCGCAAGAGUAUUUUUUAUCAUAAUAUAAUCGCAGUUUAAAUAAGUCUGUAGUAAACUUAUUAUUUACAAGAAUAAAAUAUCUCGAAUAACAUUCCCUUCGAAUAUAAUUGGUAUUGUAUAGGUGUAGAGCAGUAUAGUACGGAAGUAUACUACGCGGUGCAGUUAAUAAGAAAGACAAAUUAAAGUGUCAACUUAGGAGUUUAAACGUCAAAUAAAACAAAUUCGUUACAGGCACAUUUCUCCCAAUUGUUAUUUCAUUACAGCUGAUUAUUAUAUGCGCAUAUGUGUACUUAAAGUUAUUGUUAUUUUAAAUAAUAAUAAUUAACAACGAUGUUUAUCCGGAUGCGCAUUUAAAGACUCAAUCCCAGUUUGGCCCAGGCAGUGAAGUAAAGUGUUGGUUUUAACAAUUUUACAAAACAUAGAUAUUAAUCUGCUUGUUGGUUCAACCCAGUACUGCUCCAAGAAAUUCAGUAUUCUAAGUGUAAACCUGAGACCUACUAUAAAAUACUUAUUACCUAGUCUAUAAAAAUCCACCAUACGAUUUUGGAUGAAACAAAAAGGAAAUGGUAAAACGUAUAAUCUAUGCUUAAUGGUUCAAAUCCAAUAAUGCUGCGAGGGGAAGCAUAUAGUGCCCUGAGUGUAAACCUAAAACCUAUAGACCCUAAUCGAUGAAAUUCCUUGUAUUAAUAUAAUAUACUGCUUGUGCCGAACUUGAAUAGGAACCGUAAAUACGCCAUCCGAAUACCAUUAGUGGAAUAUCGCGUAUCUUAUACUAGGGAUGUCUUAAACUUUAAAAUAAAUCCCUGGCUCAAGAAGAGUAUCAAUAAUCUCCGUCUGUAGUCGGAAAGUGUGUCGAAAUAUUUUCAAAUCGAUUUUUGUACCCUGCUAAUCAAUGGUACAAUAACUACUUGGCCUUGUAUAACUCUCCAAGAGUCUUAACCGCUACUGUCAAAGCCGUCCGUCUUUCUCUGUUCUGAAUAGUUUCCUUCCGAUGUUCUUAAAUCUUGGGUUACCCCGUCGAACCAUCGAUUCCUUGGUUUCGGGUUUUUUUUUUUUUUUUUCCAAUUAACGGUUGAUAUUCUACGGCUGUCCUCGCAGCCUUCAUAUCUUUGCAUAGCGCGUCUAGAUGUACCUUUGGAGAAUCAGUUACCUACGGAAUUUCUCAGAUUCCGGCGAUCGUCCUUCUACGCCAGCGCCCUAAUUCGUCGUCGUAUAACGUAAUAACGAUCGCGGAUAAUGGCUGUGGACGUUUUCUGUGAAAUUCGCGUUACGGGCAAAAUAUAAAUUGUUUUGGUUGUUUUUCGUUUCGGGAACGGUCGCCAAUAAAUAAUGAAAAACGAGGACUUCGUAAUACCGACCGAAAGCCGUAUAGCCGUAUAGAACACUUAAAAUACGACCGAUUUCGAAGACCGUGCAGAAAUCGUUGUGUGUACAUUGGAGCAGUGUGCCGACGGUUUAUCCGGAGCGUAUAACAAUUAUUAUUAUUGAAGUCUCCUGAAUCGUCGGCGUCGACGGCGGACUCAUCAGCGCGGUACGACCCGUUUAAAAAUAAAAUAAAAAACGAAACACUAAAGCGGUGAACAAUAAUAUUAAUAAUAAUAAUAAUAAUAACGCCGUUUCGCGAGAGCGUUGUUCGUGAUGGAUUAUGGCACGCGCAGCCGCGCGGUAAUUAAGUACCUAAUACGCGUGUCCGCACGCCUUGUAUACGCCCGAAUCGAAAACAAAGGCAACGAGAGUGGCGGAAAAAAAAAAAAUCGCCAAUUACCGAAGAAAAUGGUAAUUAUUAAGAGCGUGUUCGCGCGCGGUCAAACGGAUAUGUUAUGGGUUUUUUUUUUUUUUUUUUUUAUUUUUUCGUUUUACUUUUUUCGUUGUUUUUUUCCGCUGUUGUUCCGGCGCAACCGCUUUCGUCGUGUCCACGCGCGCGCGUCAUGCGUACGGGGCCACCUCCGCGUGUGCGGCGAACUGGUGCGGUGCGCUCGUACGGAAUACGCCGUGUGUGAGCGGUUCGAGAGGACGACGGCCGAGUAGUCUUUUUUUAUUGCUUGUCGUGCGCGUAUGUAUGUCAGUCGCGCCGUCGUCUCGUUAACGUCGGUCGUCGUCGUCGUCGUAAAUGCAAUGCUCCGCGCCCGUUAUCGCGCGAAACGACUAUAAUAACAAUAUUAUCUUCACCGCGGAGACAUUUCCCCGCGCUACGCCGACCGUUCCGGGCGUGUGUGUGCGCCGGUCGCCGCCCGCGGCACCCCUCGAACGUGCCGUUUGAACCUGCCGUCUCGCCGUUCCGUGCCGCGUUCGCCGCACGUCCAGCUCCAUGGAACGUCCGCCGGAACCGGUGCUCCGAUCGUGUUUUCCCGCGAACUCGCAGUACCGGGCGCACCAGGCGCCCCCGUCGCCGCCGCCCCGCGGCGCGCACGAGUCCGCCGCGCUGUCCGUCCUCCGGGGCAUACUGGUGUCGUCGCUGCAACAGUCGUCCGGCGGCAACGGCGGCAGCAGCAGCCUCGACGACCCUGUGCCGCCCGCCCGCCACGUCCCACCACGGCUGCUGCAAACGUCGUUGUCAUCGCCGCCACCUCCGCCGCAGCGCGCGCGCCGUCACGUCACGUUCGAUAACGACACCGCAUCGACGAUUACGGCGACGGUCCGCCGCGACAACGCCGACCACGGUACACACAUCGAUGACGAUUGACGAUUAUUUACCGUUGGUCAUAACAAAUAAUGUUUCAUUAUUGUAACGCGUUAUUAUUAUCUCGGGACUGAGGUCCGAUUCAGGAGGUAGGGGACGGUCAAGGUAUAUUGACGUCAGCUGGUAUUGAGCAGUGUUUCUCAACCUUUUUAAAGUUGUCCGGCCUCUCGGGUAGCGAAAGAUUUUUCAACGCCUCCCUAUGUGUAAAUCCCGUUGUAAAGGGUGCGGCAAAGAAUAGGUGGACCGCGGUAUUUAUUGUACCUGAAUUAUAAAAAAAAAAAAAUUUAACUAACCGUGAAAAAAAUAUGUUUUAAUUUUGUUCCAUGACUGCUCGUCGUAUUGCUCGUCUAAAACGAAAACACGGUCGUCGCCUCCUCUACCGCCCGAAAUAAGUUUACACGGUACCUUUCCGCCGACCCUCUAGGGGCGUAUUGUUUCCGAUAAUAUAGGUGUGGCGGUCGCAUAACAGUGCGUUUAGACGCCAAAAAUUAUACGGCGAAAACCGUUUUGUGAACAGCUGUUUGUAAUUUUCACUCGAACGUGUUUUUUUUUCGUUCGGGGUCAUAUAUGGACAUACGUAUACGUAUAAUCGAGAGUGAUGCGUGGGAAGAACCGGAUUCAUUAGCGGCCGUCCGUCCGUUCUGUCAACCGUAAUUUUGCAAAACAAAAAAAAUAACCUAACCUCGAACCUCCACCCGGUCGAGUAGAAUCUAUUUAUUCUUUGAACGAUAAUAAUAUUGUGUUUUCGAAUUCCGACGUUUUCCGAUCGUUUGAGCGCAAUUUUUACUAUUUGUACAGCCCUCUUGACCGCCGGCCCCUCCGCCCUUCCCUCUCCCCCCCCCCUCCUUUGAGACCGUAGAUAUUUAUUAAUAUAUAUUUAACAUUAAUGUAUGGAGGUCGAGGGCGGUCUUGGUCUCCGGGCGGCCUUUAAAACAACGAACGAUGACGAUGCCCAUAUACGAGACGUUUAAUCGAACUUUCGCGAUGAGUCACCGCCGCCGCAGUGCGUUCAGCUAUUAUUAUCCUACAAUAAUCGAUUGUUCUGAUAUUAUUGUAACGUCGUAUAACGUUUCCGAUCGGCUUGGUUAUCGGACGAUUCGAUCGGUUUCUCGUCGCCGCGGAGGAGUUACGAUUCGUGCGAUUCUCUCGACUCCCCCAGUGCGUACGGACCGCUCCGCCGACGACGUUUUGUCAUGUGCGCGUGCGACCGUAUUCACUAUAGGAGGUACGCGUUGAUAUUCCGGGCAGUAGGGGCGGCAUCGGGAAACGGCAUACACAGAUGGCGGUUACUGUAAGAGAUGUGCCGAUUCGCGGUUACCGCGCAACGGUUCGUUUAUGCAAUACAUUUUUUACUGUAUACGUGCGUCUGUACGCGUUUACGCGGUUUAUAAGCCGGCGGUCGGUGCUGCUGGUGGUCGAAUCGAGAAUCGUAUACCUCUGGGUAACCCACACAUAAUAAUAAUUCUGUCCAAUAUAGUCAUCGUCAUCGUUGUCCGGUAUAAACAACGCAGAGUUCCGUGCGGCGACGCGUGACCAUAACGUCCGUAACCAGAUUAUAUAUAUAUUUUAUAAUGGAAUUACAAUAAUAAUAAUAAUAAUAAUAACGACGACGACGACGGUACAUUCGGUUUAAACCGAAAACCGCGUACGCGUACGGUAAACUCGGCGCAGAGCGUACUCUUUAUACAGCAGUUUGCGGUGUGUGUCGGGUAUACGACGGCGGAAGAACAAAGCUCCGGCCGUAGGCAGUGAUUUUUUUUUUUUUCCUAGUUUCCUAGGAGUGUUCGGCCGCGGCCGCUGUACUCGUGAAGGUCGUGACCGCCAUGAUGUCAUGUUUUUUUUUUUUUUUUCGCUCUCCAUCGCUCGCACAUACCGAUGUAUUAUUAUUAUUAUUAUUAUUAUUAUUGUUGUUGCUGUGUAGGUAUUCCGCGGUAGUGCGAAAAAAAUAAAUAAAAAUAAUAACAAUGAUAAACGCGGCGAAAAUCUCGUAUAAAAACCAGGUACAAAUUAUUUACGGCGUACACGUAUUCUAAGUGCGAAAGUGUGUAUCAGUAGUUGUGCACUUUUGUGUGUAAUGCGCGAUGAUAAUAAUAUUAUAACGCACGAGUUUGCUCGCGAUAUUUACACGAAUAACCGUAUUACGAAUAGAAAAAAAAAAAGUUUUUAUAUAUUUAUUGUUUUCUUUCUACUUGACGAUUCGCGCGAGAGUUACUCUCGUAUGUGUUUAUUCGGUCCGCGUGUACUACAAAUGUUUUAUUUUUCGUACGACGAGUCUCGUGAAAUGCCUGCACGAGAGUGGGCGCGGACUUGGCGCACGUAAAUACCCACUCGAGUAUAUUGUCCGCGGCAGAUGAUACGCAAUAGAUACGUAAUAUUAUAUUAUCGGGCGAGUUAAAUUAUUGAGCGCAGUACGUGAGCGCACGCGUUUGGCGGAUUGCAUUUGUCGCUGCGGCAUUUGUUUGGCAACAAAACUGCAAACUCUAUAGAAUUAUUUAAUCAUGUCGCGUGUGUAAAAUUUAACAAUACAGUGUACACUUUCUGCUUGUUUCCAACGGGCCUUUGAGAUCGCAUUAUACCUAGUGUAAAGAAAUCAUGCGAAACUGUAGUCAAGAGAAUGUAUUCGGUAACCACUAUAAAUUCGGCUGUGAGCCAUUGUCGGGUGACAUAUUAUGAAGGGUACAGUGGAAAAACAGAAAAUUCGUUUUUCAAUCUGCGAAAACCGCGUUUUCAAUUUCGAAACGUAACGAUUUUUUUUGUUUUCUCCAAAGUAUAAAGUCCGAAUUAAGUUAAACGUUGAACUUCAAAAUGUAUUAAACAUAAUUCAAUUUUGUUAGUAGCAAUGCGCGAUGAGAACAAUCGCACUGAAGUGUCUAAAGUAUAACAGAGAAAUCAUUUAUAUAUUACUAAUCUUAAGUAACUUGUGAUUUUUUUUUUCCCCUGUAUCUUUCAUACAUUAUUAAAUAACAAAAAAAAAUAGCCGAUUCUGAGAACGAGUGCGGCCACUGAUGUAGGUGGAUAAUUGGAAAGCUAUAGGAUACAUAAAGUUAUUUUAUUAUUCGUGUAACCUACGAUAAACCAUUGCUAACGAAAAAAUGAUUCGGAGUUAAGUUCGGUUAUAAAUGUUUUAAAAGGCCGUAAUUUUUACGGUUUUACACUAUUAUCGACAAGUAUAAAAUUACUAUUUUCUUUAAAACCAUCUUUCAAACCAAAAACUCCUCUGUCUAAUUUCUAUCCUCCACAGUCUCUUCGCAUUUCACUCGGGUUUCCGCCGCUCCUACAUCCCUAUAACAACACAAUCUUCCACGAGGUCUUCGUAGUAAUCGCUUUUCUGUUAGGUUUUUUUCGAUUACAAGCAUUCUUCUCGCUAAAAUGUCUUUUAGUGAUGCUGGAUGUUGAGAACAAUCCCAGAUUACCUACCUGCAAUAAUCUAUUUUAUUUUUAUACCCACACAGACGAAUGAUUUUUUAAUUUUUUUUUUUUUUAGCAGGAGUGACCACCGUUAACUCUGACAACCGGCCAAGUACCGCACCAACACCACCUCAGAAUUCUUCAAAAGGUAACGUUUUGAAAUCUUAUGCAAACAAAAAAUUAUAAAAACGAAACAGACGUGUAAUGUUGUAGUGAUCUGCGGAUUGGAUAAAGUAUGAAUAAUAUUUCAGAGGUUGUCUAUAUAUAUAAAUAAAUAAAUAGAAAAAUUGAGAGAGAAUAUAGACUCAAGUAAGAUGAGUGAUGGAUGAGUUGAGUACGUGGAAUCCAAGAUGAGGUAGGCAAAAAAAAAAUAUGGACAUAAUUCGCACGGUGGGUGGGCCACUGUUAUAGGUUAAAAGUUGGGUAGGUAGGAUAUAGAGAGGAAUUUAAUGUAUAUCUGUAUAUCAUCAACGAUUUAUCAUUGCUAACGAAAAACGAUUACGAGCGGAGUUCUGUUGUGCAUAUUUUGAAAAGCCGUAAUAUUUACGAUUUUCGUCAAAAUGUAAUAUUAAAAUUCUUAUAAAAAAAAAAAUAAUAAUAAAUACUACUUACAUUGAACUAAAUUUUUUCUUGUUGAUCACUUUGCAUAUAAUGAAUUUUCUGUUAAAUAGUCAAGUAUUUCUGUUAGUUCUAACAAUUUCAUCCACAAAGUACUUACUUAAUAAAUAUUACGUACAAAAUAACUAACAAAAUUUAAAUGUUUAUAAAUAGCCCAAAAAUGGUUCAAAUGAUUUAAAAAUCCCCAAUGAAUAUUUUUAACUGGAUUUCAACAAAAUUUAAAAUAAUAAAACAAUUCAUUUUGUAAACUUUUCCGUUAUUUUUCUUUUUUACUCGAUUAUCAUAAAAACUACACGGAAAAUCAAAAAAGACCUCCCUAAUGUACCGACUGGAUAAAAUUUACCUUCAAAAAAAGGUUCUGCACUUAAUACAUCGAAGCGAGAUUUCUGGUAGUUAAGAUUCUCACAAACACAAAAAAUACAAAAAAAAAAACACUUGGUAAAAUAAAUAGAUCCCUCGCUACGCUCCGAAUCUAAAAUGGCUAGCGCUUAUUAUAGGAAAUUAUGAAGGUGAGAAUGAUAUGAUGUGCAGUAAAUGGAAAAAGAAACGUGCAAGGCGAGAAUAAACUUACGUGCAAUAAAUAAAAGGAGAAUAGACUAACAAUGUACACAAUUUGGACUAUACAUUGUAAAUUCUAAUGUUUGCACGUUUUAGUGUAAUGCGCAGUAGCACUAUAAAUACAUUAUAAUAUUAUUGUUUAUUUAUUAUUCACACUUUAUACGUAUAAUAUGAUAGCCGUAGUAGCCAAAAAUUGAUUACUAGCAAUAAUUUAUAUAAUAAAGGUACGUAGUAAUAACUUGAGUCGCAAAAAAAAAAAAGUUUAUUAAGUCAUUUUUUUUUCUCGGAUACAAAAUAUUUCAAAAAAAACUUUUUGGCUACAGUGGUUUUCAUGUCAUAUUUUGGCGCAACUAGACGCAGAGUUACUUGAAAAUGAAUCAAAUAAUUCGAAGGGGUCUACGUCAAAAUCUUGAACGGCAACACCUUGAACGGCAAAAUCUUGAUUUUCCAUUCAAGAUUUUGACGGUCCCCCAUUCGGGAGUACUAAAAAAAUAUUCCGGAAAUACUAAUAAGUCUCUCCGCCUAAUUGCGCCUUUAUGGGUCUUCUUUUUUUCUAUUUCCUUUUUUUUUUUUAAUAAGUGGAUUUGAACUUUCUUGACAAUUUUGUACAACUAUGAAAUCUAAUUCAAUCUGAAUAAAUUAAACCAUCGCAGUAUAGACGUCGCCUAUUGAUUACGCACUUAAUUUACUUGCUCGCAUAUUAGAAUCAAACCGACCAACCCCGAUUGUGUAUUUACUAAUCCAGUCUGGAUUUGGCCAGCAACGUAACCACUUAUCGGAACCUAAUAAUGCUCCAAAGAAGCAUAGUGACCCAGUCAGUUGCAGAUCCAUUUGCUCUCUAAUAUACUCUUAGCUUAAUUCAUCAUUGAACUCAUCAUAAAUGCGUGUCUUAUAUGUAUUUUCAAUAUUCCCCCCUCUUUAUCUUGUUCUAGAUCCGCCUGUGGCCCAAGUGUAAACCUAGUAUUUACUAACUAAUCGAUGUAAAGCCACCUCGGAAUUAGAUAAAGCAGAGAGGAAAUUGAUAAACUUAAUCUAUACCUGUUGGCAGGGGCGUAAGUAGGGGGGGAGGUUUACCCCCUCCCCAUUGUCAAAAUCCCAAUAAGUAAAUAAAUAGGUAAUAAUAAAAAUUUACCUGCCUAUUGUAAACAAUUGAAAGUCAAACUCCCCCAUAAAUAAUCUAUACCUACGCCCUUGCCUGUUGGUCCGAACUCAAAUACUCUGGUCCCAAAAGUAAGUCCAAUAAGCGACGUCUACUCUAUAACUAUAGUGUAAAUUAGUACUGAAAAUUAAAACCUAAUAUAUUAUUUGGACGCAAAUUAAAAUGCGCUUGUCACAAUAUAAAUUAUACAAUAAUCCCUGCAUAAUUAGAGUCCAGAAUUUAAAUAUCUUGGUUUUUUAAUUUGCCUGUAAUCCUAAACUAUAAUUUCAAAAUUAUUUGUAUUAUUAUUGUAAAAUUAUUAUUUCAAAAUUGUUUUCUAUUCGAUCAGGAGGACUCCAUUGGUUUGCCCACGGUGCAGAUUCAUUUGACUGUUAUGAUGAAACAGACGAAACAGGUUUACUUAAUCGUUCUCGACUUGCCUGAGUUUUUUUUUAGGACAUACUAACAUACAAUUAGAUUCGUUUAUUUGCCUUAUUAUUUGAUUGUGUAACUAACAUUUUGGUAUUUUAUAUUUAAAAAAAUAAGCAUUCAGUUUUUUUCUGUGUUAUUUUAACUUUAAGUCAUUACAUUCAUAUACACUCUAUUUUUUUGUUUCUUUUACAUUACAUUGUAAACGAAACUUAUAAUUUGUAUGUAUUGUUUUGGGCUACUUAAAGAACAUAAUAAGUUUAAAUGCUUUUUAAACAUAAAUGGGAAUAAGUGUUAUGUUCGGGAAUCAAACUGCAAAAUUUAAGUAUACACUGUUGGUAUAUUCAGUUUUUAUUUGGCGCUAUACAUUUUAGUUUUUUUUUUUAGUUUUUGGUUAUAUAUUUGUUUUUUGGUGUACAUUUUUACAUCAAAAAUGUAUGUAUAUUAUUUAUAGUAUAUUUCAUGAACCAGCAUUGAUUAUCUAUUUAGGUACUUAUACGAAAAAUUUGUAAGUAUCUAAAUUAGAUUUUGAAUCAUGAAAUUGUUUUUAUUUAAUUACGCUAUUUUCAAAAUUUUAUCUAUAUAUAUAUAUGUUUUCAUCGUAUUUAUAAUUUGUAUGAUACAAAUAUAGUCAUUUUGUAUCAAAUUAAUGGUUUAAUAAUUAAAAAUGUUUUAAGUUUAGAUUGAUAUGCGAUGAAUGAUGAUAAAUUAUGAUAUUUAUCCAAAAUAUGUGUGAAACUCCAUUCUAUUUCUCUAUUCUAAACUUUAAAUUAUUGUUUGCAUACAUGAUAUAUAUAUUACUUAUAAAGGGUUUUAUUUCUUUUUAUGUGUUAGGAGGUCGCUACCUAUUAAUUUUUUCUCCCUCUUACAAACAUACGACAUAGCAAAUUUACGUUCAAGAAACAAUUUUGUGCUAUUCGUUUUAAUAUUAGAGUGAAAAUUGGCCUAUUAUCAAGCUUACAGGAAAAAACAUUAUCUGUGUUUGUACGACGUUGGUUUUAACAAUUUAACAUGUAUACAGAGUGAUCAAUUUGACUACGCUCAAUAUUUCGAAAAGUAAAUACUAUCGUUUUUCAAAAAAAAAUUAUUUUUGACAAUUUAAAUAGCAAGCUGCUUAAAGUGUUACAUUUAUUUAUGUCACCCUUAUAUUUAGGGUUCAAACGACUUCCUACUUUUGAUUUUCAAAUGGUAACCUAUAUUAAAAAUUUCAUAAAUAUAUAAAACUACUUGUUUCUAAUUUAAAUUAUCAAAACAAAAAAAAAUGUAUUUGAAAAAGUCAAUUAUUGUCAAAAUAUUUAGUGUGUUAGUAUGUUUUAAGGGUGCAUACAACUUUUUUUUAACUGGCCGAGAUCAUUUUCACGUUACCGAAAACAAAACAAGAUUUCGGUUACACAUCUUAUCAAUAUCAAUACCACGUAUACCAUAACAAUCAUACGGACCCCCCUAACUUCACUCUCAUCAGUCUAUAUUAAUCAGCCCCCUCUCCCAUUCAAAGGAGGGAGAAUGAAGGUGUGGAAAUAGUCAGACAGUGGGGCUGGAGGAAGUCGAACGGUGGUAGUAGAAAUGAAGGUGCUUUACGAGCUAUUAUUAUUGAUAUGAACACAUCGAUACGAUUUUGAUUCUACGAGCGAUCAGAGGGCUCACAGCGCACGCUCUAUAAACAAAAAAAUUGCUGCCCACGUAGAGCCCGUCUCUUGACGAGGUCGAUUGUCGUAGUUAGAUCAAGUCUAUCAGCAAAUACUGCUACAGCAAAAAGUUGCACGACAGCGUUAAAUCAAAAAAAAUUGGCCGUAAUUAACAAAGAUUUCAAAAAACAUUUAUAUAAUUCAGUGUUUAAACCAUUGUUAACGAAAAACGAUUCUGAACAAAAUUGUAUUAGUCAUAUAUUUUUUCUCGUUGUUAAGGGUGACUCAGAAAUCAACAAAAAGUAUUCCAAAAAUUCAAAUUUUCCCGAUUCAUUAAUAUUAUUAGGCAAAUCAAAAAUUAACCUUUCCAAAGGAUUAACUAGAUGAAAAAUUUACAAAAAAUUGCUAAUAAAGUUUUUGAUUGGAGUAAGAUUUUUAGUAUAAAAUUUGUUUGCGGAUAUUAAACAAACCUAAGUACUCGUAAAACCAAUAUAUUCAUGUAUCGCCCAGAAUCUAAAAUACUUAUACCUCGCUUGAAAAUAAAAAUAUUGAGAAAAAAUUAACGUACGAACACAAAUAAUGUUGUCUCUUCAAGUUUGAAUUUUGAUAAUUGGUCAAUUUGCACUAAUGUUGUUGAGACUCACAGUACGAAAUCGGUCUUGCCAAACGCAAAUUUGCUAUGCUAUGCGUUUACAAGACGGAGAUAACAAAUGCAUGUCUUCUCUUAAUGUCAACAUUUUUAAAGUAUUAUAUUGCAAGUAAUCGUUUGAAAAUGGUGUACAGUAAAUAAAAUUAGUCGCAAUCUUUGCAUAGUCAAUAAUAAUAGGUAACUAUUUGUUGGCUCGCGAUUAAAGUAUCACUCUGUAUGAUAAUAAUAUGCAAAGCGAGCUGUAAAAACUAAUAAUAUAUGUUUCCCUUUGUUUUAUCGUAAUUUUAAUAUCGUGUGUUCGUGAGUCGUGUGUUUUGAUCUUAAAAUAUAUGCAGAGCAUUACUACUAUUAUACUGUAUAGCUGUGUAUAAUAAUAGUAAUGUUCACGCGUGCUUCUCAAUGCCAUUUGAGGGGGCGAUUGUAGUUAUAUUAUCAAUUCGUGGAUAUAUAACUAUAAUCUGCUUAAAUGCAUGUUUUGCGCGCGUAUGUAUUGAAAUUGGAUUAUGGUUUUUUGUCCAUGAAGGAAAAGAAAAUGCAAUCAAAGACCGCGAAGAACGAUUACGACUCGUUCGUGAGAAACAUGACGAAGAACGCCAACGAAAACUCGAUGAACUCAAACAACAAGUAACUAAAUUCAUAAUAAUAAUAUUAGCCUAUUACAAUGUUUUCUUACUAUACACAUGGCGCAAUGAAUAUAAAAUGAUAUGAAUGUAUUCAGAUCGACAUUAAAUUUUGUUUGGUUUUUGUGUUCCGCUACCACCAGGCACUGGCUGUUCAAAGGUAUCGAGAACAAAAAGAAGAAGAAAGGCGAAAACGUUUAGAUGAGAUGCGUUCGCGAGAUUUUGAAAGACGACAGCAAGUAGAAGAAAGAAAACGACAGUUAUUCGAAGCUGAACGAGAAAAACGGGAAGCGAUACUAAAAAAAAAUCAAGUACAUUAAUUUUUAAAAAAAAAUCAUUUAUAUAUAGGUGGUCGUUUAUUAAAAAUUAAUUAUUCAUCAAUAUGCCUCUUAUAAUUAGGAACGCGAGGCCAGAAUAGAGUCAAAAAGAAGAAAUGAACGAAGUUCAAUUGUUUUUGCGUUUGGAAGUUCGACGCCUCGCAUGCUUGAACCGUCAGAAACUGGAGGAUCGUAUUGGGCUAGUCGGAGGUAUACGAUUAGAAAAUAAUUGAAUCGCAUUAAUUAUAUUCUGUUAUUAAAGACUUUUUUUCCGCUUAGUUUUUAUCUCACUUUCGAUAAAAAAAUUACUUUGCCAUUAAUAUUUUGUAAGUUUGUACAUUUUACACGAAUUUAUUAACCAUUUGAAAUUUUUUUUUUAACCUAUUAAAUAAGAGCUACAUCUACUAGCAAUGUGAUGAUGUUGAGCAGCACGACUCCUAUGGGCCCCCUCACGAGGAGGUCAUCAGAACGCGAAUUGAACGAAUGUUCUGGAAAAAAACGAGCUGCUUCGGCUGGCGGACUAUCAAAUCGCAACGCUGAUGGUAAGUUUAACCAUAUAUUCCUUUUAUUACGAUUUAAUAUACAGUUUGAUGUAAGGUUUACAUUUUUGGGAAGGACAUUUUUUUUUUUUUUGAACAUCAGAUUUUUCAGAGUACCAUAAUAAGAGACUGUCCGUAAUGGACGUUUUGCGUUGGAAUGAUGUGUGUUGUCCCGUUAUCCACGAAUACCCUGUAGAGGUAGGACGUGGUGAGUUUUGGGGACAAAAAUUCCUAUAACAUUUAUACGAGUUCUGAGUUUUAUUAAUAUUGUGAUUGUGUGUCGAAAAAAAAAUAUAUAAUAUUACAUAUCUAACUAAAAAAUAAUAAUAAAAAAAAAAAAAAAUGCAUGGAUUUUAAUAUAUUGUUGGAAGACCGAUAACAAAACUUGUCCUAUGAAAAAUAAUCAUUGUAAAUUAUAAGGUGUGAAAAUUAUUAUAUUUCGUUUAAUUAUAUUAACACUGAUCGAAUAAUCAAAUAGGUGUUGUGUAUAUAAGUACUCCAUGUAUAUAUCGAUUCUAUUAUCGGCCGUGCAUUUUUCAAGGAAAUUGUGUGUAAACGGACACGCAGUGUAAUAUUUGAACACCCUGUAGAAUAAGAUUUUGCUUACUGUGUGUCCACUAGAAAUUUCACAUAGUAAUUAUUCUCGCUAGUGGGUAGGGGUACCUAACUGGGGAAAAGUCUAAAAAUUAAAGUAGAGGUUUUUUCUAUCUUCUCGUGGACAUUUUUUAACGGAAAGGAAUAAACACGCUGUGAAUAUUCACUAAAAAAAAAAUGCUCUGCUAUCCAGUGUUAGGAUUCUGUGAAAAAGUAGCGUGUGUGUUCGUGUUCUAUAGAAUAUUUUUAUUUUUUAUUAAUAUAAUAAUAGAAAUGUGUUGGAUUUUCUCGAGCAUUGAAAAAUCCAAUAUACUUGCUAUUAUUAUAAUAUAAUUUAACAAUACUGAUUAUUAUUAUGUUGACCGUAUCAGCUGCACUUGGUCGUCGGAUGAAGGAAUUUAUAAUAUCAUUUACGGACCUUGUGGUUGCGGGCUAGUUUUACUAUCUUAUAGACCACAGUUCUCGACGUUUUAGUAAUUUUUAGUUGUGUAACUGUUUUAAAUAGUUUUCAUUCUUCUUCCACUCGAUUAACGCGAAUUCUAAUUAGCUUAUAACAUUAUAAAUAGCCACGCCUAUUUUAUAUUCUCUAUCCGCUUCCAGCAGCGUGCAUUUACCUGUAUAAUAUGUAGAACACGAUUGCCGUUGUUUUAUGUAAUAAAUUAAUUAAUUAUAAUUAAUUAGCUCUAUAAACUGCACUAUAACAGCGCGGCUACUUUAUGUAAUUAUAACACCCUGCGGCGGAGGCGAUUUCGCUAUAUAUCUGCUGCAUUACAGUGGCGUUGCGAACCCGUGGACGAAAUAUAUCUGAGCUAACUAUUAUACGGAUUAAUCCUCAGAAAGAUAUUCGAAAAUUUUCGUCCGAUUUUCAUCAACGAUGUGGAUAAAAUAUUAGCGAGUUUUAUUAAUUUGGCGAGUCCGCACUGGCGUGCAGGGACGUCAUUUCAGUAAUUUUAUAAGGUGGUGCGAACAUUUUUGAUAGAGCCGAUUUCCCCCCCCCUCCCCUGUAAUGCUCACCCAAUUAUUGUUUAACAAAAUAAAAUGUCCAUGCAUUAACAUACUAAAGUAACCUUUUCUUGAAAUCAAACAUAUAACUAUACCUAUGCAAUUUAAAUUUCAAACUCAAAUCUCUAUUUUCGUAAAUAUUAAUUAGAUAUUCGAAAUUCGAACUAUUGAUUAGCCCUUUGAUAAUUUACAAAUAUUUUGCACAUAUUAUUUAUUUACUCUGGUAAACCAUAAUCCUGGAAAAAACGUGGAAAGUUCAAAACGGAAUUUCGUGAUAACCAUGAAACUGUCUAUAUUUAUUUUAUGUAUGGAUAUUGUAAACUGUAAUCAAAACGAAAAACCUGGGUAAUACAAUUUCAAUAAAAUAAAAUGGAUAUUAAACCCGAAUUCCACGGCCAAAAUAUCGAUUAUCGCCUAGGCCAAUUAUGUAAACGCCCUGCCCCAAAUGGCGCCCCUGACCGGUACUUCAGUGAGGUAAUUUUUUAAUUUUUUAUAAUAUUCCUUGUAAUUUUGGUUUGUUUUGCAAUUUGUUAGGAAAUAAUUAGUAGAGACCGAAAAACGUUUUAGUAUCCUUACCGGGGCUAAUCGGUACUCGAGUCGUGACUUAAUCGACGACCGUUCACAACGCCACUGAUGAUACGCUAAUAUAAUGCACAUAUGAAAUAUUAUGUAUCGUGCGCGCUGUACAUAAUAAUAUAAUUUAUUUAAAUAAAUUUUAUUAUAUUAUAUGGACGUUACGGCGGCACGCGCCGCGGCGGUGAUGGUUGUAUGAUGGUGGUGAUGGUGCGAGUUUGUACAUGUGUAACAUAUGUGUGUUUAGAAGGUGGUGACGGGAGCGCCGAACGGAAGGCGGCCAGACGCAAGACGGACCUUAUGCCCACCAUCUUGUCUCCGCGUGAUCUUACGCCGUGCAGCCGUCCCGGAUCAGCCAGUUCGUCCCGUCGGUCACCAGGUAGGGCGAGUUCGAUGACUCGGCUGGACGGCGCCGCCGCCGGGGCCGCGUACGGUGGCUACGGCGACGGCGGCGGAGCAGGAGGACCGCGACUCCUGUCGUCGGCGCGCAGCAUGAGCCAUUUGGCCGGCGGCGGUGGCGGGCGAUCUGUUUUAGGCGCCAAUAAGGAUCGCUCGACGCACCACCGUAGUAUGAUCGCCUUGAACCCGGUGCCGCCGCCCCGACCCACUAGAGCCGAGCGACUGCGCAAGCGCGCCAGAGAAUUCGCAAACGGCGGUGGUCCAGGUACGUGGAUGAUGCCAUGGGGGCACAAUAUAAUAUUCAGGGCGAUCAAUCUCCCGUAUGACAACGAACAUCGUUAUCUCGGAAAGUAUAUUUAUAUGUGUAUAGCACUUCUACUACGUGCUCUUGAUUUUAUUCGCUUUUCCGCAUGAAACCGACCAAUCGUGGCUAUUUUGAUUAACAAAUGACCGGCCUAUAUGUGUCGAAAAAACCCACAGUAAUGGUGGAAUGAAAUUUCAGUCGAAAUUUCACGAUAAUAAGUUGUCAUUUGAUAAUCAAAUGUUGCAGACGGGUGUGCCAAACACGGUGCAGGGUGAAAAACCCGAGGGCGGUGUAAAAUUAUAGAGAACGACGCGUGCAAAUCUUAAUGAUUUUCUAAACAGAAAAUUAAAAAAAAAAAUCAUUAUUUUUCCGAGAUGGUGAUAACGGUUGUCCCCGGGAAAAUUGAUCACCCUGUAUACGAAAAAUAUUAGUACUUAUUUAGUAUAUAGUCGCCGACCACCUCGUUCCCGUUUUCGCCACCGUGUCUCCUUCCACGCCCAAUUUCCUACACUAACCGAAGAUAACAAAUUUUUCCGCGGUUUCGCAACAAAUCUAAUGAAAUUCUACUUUCAUUCGUGUUAUACGAAAUUAUUCGAAUGUUCCUAAUUAAUAAAUUCUAUUUACGUAUAUAAACUAUACUACAUAUUCAAUUUUUGUUUUCAAAUAGCUCGUCGAUAGGAAAAUAUUUUAUUCUCUUUUCUUGUCACAUGGCAAAUCAAAGUGAAUCGCAGAUCUAUAAUCUUAACGACAAGAACAUGAAUUUGUAAUCACGUCGGUUUUCUCGAUAUUUAUUAAUUUUCAAGCGACAUAAUACAUAUAGUAUUUAUUUUUUUUUUUUUAUCAUUUUCUAUUUUUCUUUGAUUUAAAUUUUAAAUGUUGUGAACAACUGUACCCACCACAAGCUACGCUUUUGCGGCAGAGUCAAAAAUUUUUAAUUUAAAUUAAUGUUAUAUAUGCGUUUCAAAAAUUUUUUUUGACAAUAAAUAUUUAUUAUUAUUGUUAUUAUAUAGUACGCAUUUUCAAUAAUUGCGAUGGUUCACAUUCUCGUAGUGUCUCGCUUAAAAAUUAAUAAAAUAUAUCGAAAACAAUCGAAUUAAUCGCGCAGAUCUUGUCUUAAAGUUUAAUUAAAUUGGUAGAUUUACUUAAAAUUAACAUCCCGAAAUCGGUGCUACCGAAUGCAAAUUCGCCAAGCAUGUCGUACGUUAGUAAAACAGCGCACGAGAGUGUGGAAAAUAUUAAGACAUAUCGAUUUUUUCAUACGCGAUUCUUUUUUGUUUUCACCAUACGUCUGGAUACGUAAUAAUAUAUUAUUACCCUUAUGUUAUUGCGUUCAAUUUUCUUUCUCCGAUAAACAAAUCAACGAGGUGGAAUUACGCACGUUAGUAUAUUGCGUUAACAUAAGUGCUGUAUAAUAGCUAUAGUAUAGCAUUUGCAAUAUCAUAAUGAAUUAUUUUAUGCUUUUUUUACGCUUGUUUGUACUUUUUUUUUUUUUUACUAUCCAUAAUAUUAUUAUUAUCACGAUAUAACCCUAUUAAAAAAACAUACUUAUCGGACUUGGACUACCGUACAAAUUUAAAACAAAAAAAAAAAAAUAGGUAAUAAAAAUACAGUUCGUUACUAGUAAUGGUAUCCGUUUGUGCAAAUGAAUCUCUUCUUGAAUAAUUUUAAACUAUACAUAUUUUCUAUAAAAUUUGUAGGUAUUGAUUUAUUUUUUUUAAAUAUAUAAAAAAAAUAUGUGAAUUUAAAUUGACGUUUUCUUUUUUCCCAGAAUGAAAAUGUUCCGUUUUUCUCGUAAUUUUAUUUAAAAAUAAUAAUUCCGAUUCGCGAUCGUCACAACAAAAUAUAAAAUAUCGAUUCCGCUUUAAAAUUGAAUAGUUAUGCGUUUUGUUUUCUCUGUCCGUCUCGCUGCGUGUAAUAUAGCGACAAAGGCAUUCCGCAUUUACACCAUUGCGACUCUUCGGUCGAAUUUAUCUGUUUAUUAGUUAAAUAGACCUUUAAUACAUUUUAUUAGAAAGAUUGUUUACGUCAUUAUAUAUUUUUUAUGCAUGCUACAAACUGCUCUUUUAAUAUUUUCAUUUCUUUGUGGGUAACGGUUACGAUUAAAAGUAAAACGCUCAUGAUAAAAAUGAAAAUAUUGAAAAAAAUCGAUCCCGAGAUCGCUGUAUAGUAAAUACUAUUCUUUAUAAAAUGUACAAUAGAUCUCUUUGCCCCAAAAACUCGACCGGUAAUCGAAACCGUGGAAACGCGGAAUUACUUUCUCGUCGUAUUACAUACGGGAUGAUCACUUUUGCACUUUUCACCUAAUUUAAUUGAUCAAACUACAUUUAGAUAAAAAAAAAAGGUUUGAAAACAAUUUCUUUUCCCUUCCCCUUCCCCAGCAGGUUUAGGGCUGACAAGUGACAAUGAAUUUAAUCAUUGACGUGAUAAAAAACAAUUUAAUUUUUUUUGCAUGUUAUUAAAUUAAAAAGCCUCUUUUUGAUCGUGUCAAAUCAUUAUUAUAAUUAUUUAAAUUUAUUUUUGUAGUAAUUGUAAUAAACUGAAUUAAAACGAUAAUAAUUUCUACAUCGCACAUGUUCCGCACAACGGCGGAAAUUUGCGUUUUCUUAACUUAUUGUAAAUUAGAAUUAUUUCUUAAAACAUUUUUGUUGAAACGCUUUUUUCUUGAUCCGAGUGCAAUUACUUUUUUUAACCUAAGUGAAAUUCGACCUUACCCAUUACGUGACGCGAGAGACUGAGAAAACAAAUGCUAAUGUUCAGGAUCAGAACUCCUAAGUAUACUCUAUACUUUAUUUAUUCUAAACCGUGUAGUUCUUGUUUAUUUUCAAAGAAAUACGUAUUUACUGUAUUUAAUGUGGGUUUUUUUUAAUACUUUUUACAUUUUUUUUUCUUUCAAAACAUUAAUAUAGUAUAUAUAUAUCUAAAAUGCGUAGCUGUCUCAUUUACGUGAUAACUGAUUAAAACAAGGCACGCUUAAUAAAACAAAUAUAACAAUAUUUUAUUAUUACUUUAAAAUCAAAUGUAUUUUUAUUAAGUUCUUUUAUCCGUACUUUCGCACGCCUGUAAUAUUAAUGAAAAUAAAAAUUACAAAUUGCAUGAUGCUGUUAAAGUUUUUCGUUCGGUGCAUGUGCAUGGUGUGAAUUAAAUAAUAUAUUGUGUAACCUCACCCGAACCCGAUAACAAAAAAAAAAAAACAGUAAGUGCACUUUAUUCAACAGGUGGCGGUACUGAACUUUGGGCCAAGGCGAUUCAUAUACCCGCACCGAUAGUUUCCGUUUUAAUACAUUUUUUUUUUUUUGAAACCUAUCUAAUUUUACUGAUUAUUGUGUAUCUAUAUAAUAAUAAUAUAUUAACUGUAUAUAAUAUUCUAAUAUUGUCUAAUAUUUUCUUUCCAGUCUCUUUUCGAUUUCAAAUUUACCUACUAAAAAAAAGAACAAAAAAAAAAAUGUUAAUCUAUAUUUUUUUUUUUAAUAUUUACACACGGUUACAGAUGCCAAUUGUCAUACACGUAGGACGUUUACGGUAUUUUUGCUAUUUCAUAUAUUUGUACCGAAAAAGAUAAUAUCGAAUAAUUUGUGCGAAUUUAGUGAAAAAUAAAAUCUAAAGCUUUGCACCCGACCAUUAACCUAUCCGAUAAGGACAAAGCCUUUGGAUAAUAAAACGUAUUCUUUUUCCACAAUGGCCUUUUUAAGAAAAUCGCAUACAAUUAAGUGUAUUGUGAUAACAAAUAAUAAUAUAAUAGCGACGAUCGUAAACAAAUAACCAACUGACUAUCGUAAAAUAAUAAUAUUUGCCGAGCAUUUUGUUAUACCAAACACAUGAGUACCUAUAAAUUAUAAUAUCGUGUCGACUUUUUCUACGUGUAUGAUUUUGUUGGGCAAGUCUUCUUGUCUAAUUCUCUUACGUUGUUGAUUUCGUUUUACGUACCUACUUAAUUCACACUUGUGUAACUGUCAUAUAACAAACGCGCGUCGUCUUGACGAGCAACAAUAAAGGCUAAAGCGUGUGUCGAUUGGCUUUUAUAGGUAUGAAAUCCGGUGAAAUGACUCCAGUCAAUCGUCCUCAAAGUUCCAUGAGCCAAUCGGCCUACGGACCUGCACCGACCCAGUCGAGGUCCAGGCCGGUGGCGACACCUCGCAAACCCCGACCCAUCAGUAUAGCGGUGACCGGCGUUACGUCGUCCGAUCAAAUAGCCGCCGCCGCCAAGUCUCCGGCCACCGGUGAAAGGCCGCCUCUGCCUAAAGUAAACGUUACCAAAAAAUCGAUUACACCCAAAGUGGAAGCGAAAAAAUUCCCCAACGACACCAAUAAACAGUCUACUCUGAAGGUACACAACAACAACGUUAAUAUAGGGAAACGUUAUUUAAAGCGUUUUAAAAAAUAUAUAUAUAUAUUUUAAUCGGUAUGGUCGAUGUAAAUCUCAAAUGUAUACGUGUACUUUUUAAAGGAGAAAAACAAAAAUGAAAAGCCUUCGGAAUCCACUGAAAAUGCCGAAUCAUCCGAACAGCAUCACUCCUCUGCUGACGUUGUCUCCUCUGCAGCUUCCAGAGACGAUGAAAGUCAAGACAAUUCAAUUCAAGAAUCGGUUAGUAGUGACUUGGCGGAAUGCGACAUGACCGCUUCUAUGUUGGCUACUAAACAGAAGAUCACGACCGAAGAAGAAGCCAAGGCUGCUUUGGCAGAACGCAGAAGACUGGCGCGUGAACAAGCAGAAAAAGAUGCAGAAUUAGAAAGACAGCGAUUGGUAACCAUACAAAUCUUAAAUAGCUGUAUAUUUAUUGUAUUGAUUUUUAAAAAUGCUUUUGUACUUAUAAUUAUCCGUUUGAUUUUCUCACAACAGGAAGCCGAAAGAUUAGCUGAAGAAGAACGGUUGCGUUGUGAAGAAGAAGAACAACGUCGUAUGGAAGAAGAACAACUGAGACUAUUAGAAGAGGCCCGGAAAUCUGAAGAACUAAGAUUACAGUUGGCCAUAGAAGAGACAAGAAAACGUGACUUGGAAGAAAAGAAACGUAAAGAAGAAGAACUGAAAUUAAAAUUGGAAAAAGAAGAAGCAGACCGUAAAGCAAAAGAAGAAGCGGAAAAGUAAGUCAAUUAUGCAUUUGCAAUUUUAAACAUAUUCAAAAUAAUAUCUCUAAAGAAUACAAUUAUUCAUUGUCGCCCAUACAUAAUAAUUAUCCAUUUUCUGUAUUUGACAAUUUUUUAAAUAUAUAUUCUAAUCAAAAGCAUUUGUUUUUUCAAGGCUGAGACAAGAAAUGGAAAUUAAAUUGAAGAAGGAAGAAGAGGACAGACAACUGAGACGUAAAAGAGUUGAAGCCAUCAUGCUGAGGACUAGAAAUCAAGGCAAAGGAACCGGAAACGCAUCUACCAAAGUAUACAUUUUUCUUAAUGUUGAUUGGUAUCACCAUUGAUGAUCAUAUUAAUGGUUUUUUUUUUUUUUUUUGAUUUUUCAGGAUGAGACUGAAUCUGUUGAGCCACAAGUCGCAGAAAAAAUAGAAAAAUCGUUAUCAGAUCCAAUGACUACUAGUCUAGGCCCCACAUCUGAGACCGAAGCAAUGUUGUCUGCCGAAAGAAAUCAUUCGUCAUCAUCAUUAACAAUGUCAACACCUAGCGAGACAUUAUCCAAUGGACUGCAACUGACCAGUCCUAAACAAAAUGGUCAUACAAACAACACCAUUAAUGAGAUUGUGCACCACAGCAAUGGUCAUCUGACAGAAAAUGGAAACGUUUUUGAUUCAGAUGUGUAUGUAUUAUAUACAAAAUUUUAAGCGAAGCAUUUAUACUUUUUCAUCCAAAUAAAUUUUCCUUGCAAUUUGUUCUGAUAUGUUCUUUGUUGUAAGAGUAUUAUCCUAAUUGUUCUAUAUAUUUAGUUUUUACAAUAUUAUGUACAUAUCAUAGUUCAAAUUUCAUAUUAUUAAGUUAAACAGCCAUAUUUUUCGUCUGCGUACAUUUUUCAAGUUAUUAAAACUGUAUGAAACUAAAGGGAAGUUAUUUUUAAAAAAUUCAUCAUAUCAUCUUCAGUCUUGGAUUUGUAUAGAGUCUAUUUGCAACUAUGUUAUAUUGUGAAAUAAAAUAUACUAAUAAUCUUUUUUCUUCUCGUGUCAGUCUUCAUGUUCCCUUCCCUUCCCAAUAAUCAGCAAUUUGUACUGCCUUGUCUGUAAUAUUUCGAUUUUUCGUCAUAAAAUUUUCCUUUCUGUACUUAAUUGAUAGUAGUGGACACACAAACAGAUGGUCUAUAUCCUCCUCCCUGCCGCAUUCGCACUUUUCAUCCUCUUAUUUCUCAUUUUUUCAUAUUACCCACUAUCCUUCCAGUUUCAGUUUUGCAAUCUAUUUAAUGUCUUCCAUGUCGACCAUUGUAGAUGACUUCCAGUUGGUAAACUUUCUUCCAGGUUCUUCCAUAACUCUGAAUUAUGCCUUUUGAUUUCUUCUUUUCAUAGACCUAUUCUUGUCGCAUCAGGCAUUUAUGAUAGAGUGAUUAUUGUCUUCAGAAAGUUUUUCCUUGAUUUAAGUCAACUCCUCGUAAGGUUACCUCCAUAUAAAUGAUAUCUUAUGUCUGAUUCUUGAUUUGUUUUCUCUAUCCUUGCUGCAAUCUCUUGCCUUAUGUUGUAAUUAUAACUACUUACACAAUGUAAUCUGUUCUCUAGGCAAUUAAACAAUGUGACAAACAAUCUACUGGACUUAUCAUUGGAACCCAUUCCAUCAGACACAUUAUCCACGCAACAAAUCAUCGACAUUGGAAUCGGCAAAUGCAUUCAAGACAACCCCACUGAUUUUACCGCGUAUCAGGAAAACAAAAGAUCAGAUCAACAAAUCGUCAAUGGUAAAUAUCAGAUAUUUUAUUGAUAAAAAAAUUGAGAUCUAAAGGUUCUAUAAUAUUUAUUUAUUUUUACAAAAUUAAUACAUUUUUGCUAUUAUAUUGGCAAAUAUAAAUUUGUAUUGAUCAUUCUACAAAAUGUAUCCAAAUGGUGAUGUUCAGUUUAAUGAACAAAUUUUCUCAAAGAUUUGUCGAAUUUCUAAUCCAUUGAAAUAUAUAACUGUCUAACGUUAUUUUACCUUCUGUCAUUAGAUUGUAUGCAUAUUUAAAAUGUAAAUGAAAAUUAUUUUAAUAUUCAAAUAAUGUCAAUUGAACUAUUAUUUUUAUUUAUAUAGUAUUAAAAAUGUCUAUUGUCAAACAAUACCUUAUAUAUAUUUUCAGAUCAUAUUGUCACUUAAUUGUUUAACUGCCUUUUUUUUUUUGUUUAUUAAUCAAAACUAAUAGAUUAAAUUCUUUGAAUAUUAACACAGCAUUUACGGUUAAUUUAGUAAAAUUGAAAUAUUUAGAAUAAUAAAUUCAAAACUGUUAGACUAAUAACAAUGUUUGCCUAUUUCUGAAUAUUUAACUUUAUGUAUAUUUAGCAAUUUUUUAUAUAUAUAUAUAUUAUUUUUCAAAUCUUGAAAAAAAAAAAUGUGGUAUCUAUGUAAUAUAGCUUAUUAAUUUAUAUUUUUGGUUAUUUUUUUUUUCAGAUUUACUAUCAUAAUGAACACAAAAAGUGACAGGGGUAGUACGUUGUUAUGGGUAUUAUUUUAUACUUGGCGGUAGAUUGAAGUAUUAUAAACACGAGUGCUACUUUUAUUGUUAUUUUAUUAUUUUUAUCUAAAUUAUUAAGUAGUUAAAAAAAAAAUUUUAAAAAAAAAAAAGGUAUAUACAAUAUAACAGUUAUUAUUAUUUAGUCGCAUCUAGACUUCUACUUUGAUGAUGAAUAUUCAGCGUAAUAUAUUAUGUAUAUCUAAUACAUUUUUUUAUUCUUAAUGUUUGCCUCAUAUUAUAAUAACAAUAAUAACUUAUAUUCAUGUCAACAGCUGUUCAGUUAUUAUCGCGUUUAAUGUGUUAUAAUAAUCACUCGACACUUAAUAUACAUGUGACACGUGUAACGACAUAAAAGAUUGCUUUGUCUUGAAAAUGAAUGAAAACCCGCCACCAAAUAUCUCUUAACGCGGAAUGAGGUACACACCUCAAUGACUUUGAGAACAAGAGCGAAACAAUUUGAAUUUUUUAGAUCCUAUUUGUUGUGCAUUUUAUUUUUUUUAAUAAUAUAAAUUUUAAUUUAAACUCCUAUAAUUACCGUCACACUCAGUUCUGAUAAUCUUUUUAUUUUCAACGAGAACAUAUACACCAGUGAGAUUUAUUUUCCCUGAAUCUUCCUGAUCUUAGGAAAAAAAAACUGAACAGGUAAACCAACGAACAAGAUUUACCUUUUUUAUUUUGUUUUUCUAAAAUGUAUUUAGGCAGCUGCUACAGUUGGUUUAUUUUUUUGUCCGUCCUCUAUAUAACAUCGAUCAUUAUUGAAUUUUGUACAAUAAAAUACUAUUUUACUUUCCAACGAUUUAAUAUAAUACGCUUAAUUGCAUGUGUAUGACUAAGCAUGGGUCUAUUUUUAUUAUUGUACGGAAAGACAAAGCCAUCUUAUGUUUUUAUUUUUUUCUUUAUUAUUAUUGUAAAUUGAUAGUUACAUGGGAAAGUUGUAUAAAAUAGUAUCUAAACUUAACCAUUAUGUUAAACAUUGAUUUUUAUUAAACAUUCUGGCAAUAUUUAUCUAACCAACAGUUUAAUCCCUAUUUAAAAUAAUAAUAUUUGUUUUAUUUUCUAUUAUAUAUAUAUUUUUUUUUUUUUUUUUUUUAAUUCCCUAAUUUUUACUUUUUUUUUAUGUAAAAACCGUUUUUAAAUAUAAUUUGUAUUUUUGAUGUAAUAGACUAUGUUAUUGAAUUUUACAUAUAUUUUCAGCCAUUAAUUAUAUACAUAUUAUAUUAUAUUUUCAUUUAUUUUUUAAACUGAAUACAUGUAAAACUUAGCAAUGUAUUUUUUGUCAGCUUAUUGUUAAAAUUUAUGUUCAACUGAAAAAAAAAACUACUAAAAUAAUAAUAUAUAAUUUGUAACUUGUAAAUUGUUUUUAUUUUUAAUGUUAUUAGUUAGGUAUUAUAUUAUAAUAAUUAUGUAAACUUAAUUAAGAACUAUAUCUGAUUUAUGUUUUUAGAAAAAAAUAAUAUUAUAUAUCAACUUAAACAUUACACUCUGUUAUAUUAUGAUACUUUAUAACUACACAAAAUCUCAAUGAGACAUUAAAACUCCUAACAUCGCCACUACACUCAUUAUAUUUAAAAGCUAUGACUUUAAAAUACCAUUUAGUAACAUAAUAUAAAUUAUAAGGAAACUACAAAUUAUUUUUUAAUCUUAUUCAAAUCUAUUCUACAAUUAUACUAAUAUUUAUCAGCGUGUCUUCAAAAUGCAAUUUCUAAAAACUUUAAAUUGCUCUCAAACAUAGAAUUUAAAAUAAAUUAAUGUGAUUCGAUUUAUUUAAAAAAUAUUUUUAUAUUGUCUUUGCAAAAAAAUUAUAGUUGUCCAUUUAAAUUUCAAAAGUUGACUCCCAAAACCCCCCUUAAAAUACUAUAAAUAUAUAUAUCCAAUUCAUUUUAUAUGUAUAUAAAUCAAAAAAAAAAAUGUCUUAUACAUUUUGAACCAUAUGGUAUAUCAAAAAUAUUAUAUCUAAAAGAUAUACAAAACUUUAAAAAAAUACAUUCCAAAUAAAGGCCAUAGUUAUAUUUACUUAUUUUGUUUAUUUAUUAAACACACAUCAUUCAGUAACUGUUUUCUGGCUAUUCGACAUGAGCAACCAUUUUCUCUAAAUUUUCUUUUUGUGAUUUU